AACCAGUCAACCUCAUCACUUAAUGAAGACAAGAAGUGAGUUGUCAAAAUGUUGCAGACUCGUCAUAAGUAAGUCGUCAUAAGUAAAAUCAUAUUUUAUUUUGUCUUGUGACAUAGAUGUUUUUCGACGCAUUCUAAAUAGGCAGUUUGUCACACCCUUGCUUGCCUAUAUAUUAUAUGCAGGCUCUCAGUUGUGACAAUCAAUCUGAAAAAAGAGAAGCAGGCAUGAUAAGUUUCUUUACUCACUUUUCUUUUCACCUGUUACAACUGCAGUUAACUGUCCGUUGCAACUAGAGCCCAGAACAGGUUACACCUGCUCCUUCUUAGCACUGUUAAGGUGGUGGCCAGUAGACCUACCUUUUAUAUCAACCCAGUAGUGAUACAAUAAUUUAAUAUAUUUUUGUGUUGCAUUGCUCUUUUUAUGUAAUAGCAUUAUGUUUUUCUUUGCAGAAGCAAGCCCUGGUGAUAAACUGCCUCCUUUUGAUCCAUUUAUUCUUGAAAAAUGGCCUUUAAUUCAAGCAUUUGCCUUGGAAGAUUUUGGAUGGUAAUUAACAACAAAAAUAUUAAUCUCUUUAUAUAGUAUCAACGUCUGCAAGUUGUAGCUUAAUUAACUUAAUCAGUUAUCUGUGCUUUUCGUUAUUGACACAUACAAGAACAAAGAAAAGAUAAAAGUUGAACCACAAUACAGUUGCCCUCGUGAUUAUGAUAUAUACCUUGAAUCACUAUUUUACAAAUAUUCAUAUAAGUUUGAUUGUUUCUUUUGUUUCUCUUAGUGGUGGAUUUUUUACUAUGAAGCAUAAGGUAAGAGAAGGAUAGGCUUGACUUUUCCUCACUUUAAUGCAUAAGGUGCAAAGUUUUAAGAGCUUGUGACAAGACAGGAUGAUUAGUUUGAUUUCUCUGAGUUUUAUAAUAAGUGAUACAGAUUAGACAUUAACAUACUAGAUGAUCUGAUAAAAAAAUAGUCAGGAAUAAAAUAGUUGCAUCUAAAUUAGGAAGCAAGUUUGGAUAAUCCCAUUAGGACAGAUAAGCCAUGUAAAACAUGUUUUCAAGGAAGAUUUACAAAUAACAAUCAUAAACGCUUUGGUUUUUAGUUAAUUGUACUACUGUUCUUUGGUGUGGUGUAAUACUACUGAUACGAAUAUUACGAAGCUGCAAAGUGUUCAAAAUUUUGCGGCCCAUAAAGUUAGUAACACUAAGCAAUACGAACAUGUAAUUUUAGUGCUUAAGAACCUAAAUAAAAACCAAUUUAUACUUCAGAGAUGCCAUUUUGGCAUUUAAGUGUAUGAUGGGCGUGGCCUCAGAAUAUUUGGGUAACAAAAUGCAUUUUUUAGAGGUAAGGUAAGUGGGCAGGUGACUAGAAGUUCUCAAAAAUUGAAUAUUCUAUUAUUUAAAACUAAAACAGGGCAGAGGUCCUUUUCGUACAGAAUUGUUAUGGAAUAAUUUACCAUCUGAAAUUAAGCUUAGCAAAUGUUUAAAUAAUUUUAAGCGCCAUUUAAGAGAACAUCUUAUGAAAGACUUUUUACGAUGAGUUACAAUGAGUUAUCCUGUCGCCAAUGUUAGCCAGUUUUUAAUUGCUUAAAUUAAUUAUAACCUUUAAGGUUUAUCAAUAUACAGUACAGUUUUUAACUUUUAUCUGUUAAUUAUUGUCACUGAAAAACCGCAAUGGGGCUCAGAUGUCAAUAAAGUAUUGCAUUGUAAUCCCAUAGCAAAGGCUAACCUAGUGGAUGACUCCUAUAAAACAGAAUAUCACACACAGAUGUAUGUGCUUGUAGCAAAUACAGUUUGGAUUAUGGGACCUGCUUUUUGGCAUUUUGUUAGCCAUUUUGAUGUAUUAUGUCAUAAAGCUAAUUGAAACUUAAUUAAAAAUUUCUUUAGGCUAUCAAUAUUACAUCAGAGUUGGACAAAAUCUAUGGUUUGCUGGACCCUCUGACAGUAGAAUCCAUCAUCAUUGAGGUAAAAAUGUGAUUGUUAUAGUAUACUGGUACAAAUUUAUAACAAUUAUGCAAAAUACACAAGUCAUUGUACAACAUUGACCUUUACUCUGAGGAAAAAUGAAUUGACCCUUCGGUUCAAACCUACCCGGGGAGCAGUGGUUUCUCCAGGGCAGAUGCUAUGCUACACAGAGAGAGAAACCACUGUGAGCAACAGUCUGCUUCUUUGAUUGAGCUGCCGUCCAGUGCCAUGGACAAAUAAAUUAACUUUAAACAUGUAAAACCUGUUGAAAAGCAGGUUAAAGGCUCUUUUGCAACAAGCCUGCUGUGAAUUUGCACCCUUUCAAUUCAGUAUUUAUUGGGAUUAUUCAUUCCUACCCACUUUACUUUGUCAAAUGUAGGCAAACCCAACUGGAGUUGAAUUCCUAGGGACCAUAUCCAAGUUCAGGAAGAGAAAUGAAAUUUUGUUGUUGCUUGUUUACGUUGUCCAUAAAACACUACAUUAAGCAUUCUCACAUUGUAGUGGUUCAAAAAUGGCAAAGAAAUGUACAAAAAGGGUGAUGCACAUGCAAAGUUGGUGUUUUGCUUAUUAUACCUUUUGUUUUGUUGACGUUCUUGUUGUAACCUGAGAUCAGGCUCUAUUUUUGUUUCCCUUUGAAAAUUACAUUCCGGCGGGCAAGGUGAAAUUUAGCGGUAGCCGUUAGAGAGAAUGUAUGAGAACCGCUAAAAUUGGGCCUGAUCUCAGGUUAUUCUUGUUGCUGUCUUGUCAUUGGAUAUUUAAGUCCCUCCUGCGAAACAAGAAGAAGUGGUGCCAUUUGACGCUUUGACGUUGGCAUCACAUGGAUACGCAUGCUCGAUGGAAAAGCAAACGGUUGCUCUUAGUGGUUUCUCUCCCUUUGUAGUGUAGCAUCUGGCCUGGAGAAACCAUGUGCUCGCAGGGUUGUUCAAAUAACAUUUGCUUUUAUUAAAAGUUAUCUUUUUGCGAAGUUCUCUUUAAAGGAAUUGGCAGUUCUUGUGUUCUAAAUUUAACUACCUGUAGGUGGGGAGCCACCAUUGCAAUGAACACUGUGAAACUCAAGAGUCUAACAUAUUUGCAGGUGUUUUCACUCAUAGGGCUGAAAUUUCACAAAACAUUGAUCUAAAUGGAGUUCAGUUAGUGGCUUGAGUAACUGUAAUCAGCCAGGUGUGACAGAAAGUAAAGUUAUGUCAGUUUUAAGUUCAAGAUGUUUAUAACCUUCUUAUUUCCAGACACUUCCCUUGUUUGAGCGUCACUGCAACUCUGUUCUAAAAAAUGUGGAUACAGAAAGGUCAGAGUAAGCUGUCAAUUCACAGUUUUUGGUUAAAAUUUCCCACCUUGUUGGAAAUUAUAGGGUUUCUAAAUUCCUUGAGAGGUUUGAAAUGUCCUUGAAUUUAAAAAUGAGGGUUGAAGGUCUUCAAAGUCCUUAAAAACUGCAGUGGAUGCUGUAGUAAAGGCCUUGAAAUCGGUUGCUCACUUCAUCCAACCCAGAUUCUUAAUGGGCAAAGUAUUAGCGACACAAAAAUAGAAAAAAAAUAAUAUACAAGGAGAUAAAAAACCUCGCUUUUAUUUGCACAGCAUAUAGUCCUUGAAAAGUCCUUGAAUUCUUUAUCCAAGCAGCAGGGGGUGUAAACCCCGUAGCUCAACAGUUUCAGUGGAAUUCAGUGCCACUAGUAGCACUUGUGGGCUUCCAUGCUAUUAUUAGAUGCUGGCUUUUUUUAGCACGUUAUUAUCAAGAACAACAUCAUCAAUGUUUUAUUUUUAAGAUACAUGUAAUGGUUGUGUACCAAUGCUUUGGUCUUUUGCUAGCAGGGGCUUGUCCGAACUACAUAGAUGAUGCUUUAUAUUCACUCUUGUGUUGUACUGUUAUGUUUAGUGACCUGUCUAAAGUUACAGAGAGGAGUUUGAGUGAGGUAUUGAAUAUCAAACUUUGUAACUUUUAAACCUCUUAAAAUUAUUUUUUCAAAUCCAGUGGAAAGUAAACACUCUAUGUAAAUUGAAUGCCCCCAAAAAUUCACUAGCCCGAUAGCAAAAUCCACUAGUCCCGGGCUAUCAGACAUGACUUUCUUUGCUCACUGCUACCUUAAAAUAAUGCUGUUUGUUGUACUGUUGUUUUCCUACAAGUUAGUGGAAUCACUGAUAAUGAGAUGUAAAUGUGGUUUAGUUUGCUUUAGGUUAGGUUUAUCUUAAGCUAAUGUAGUUAGUAGUCACUGCCAUAAGCAUACAUGAUCAUUGAGGUCAUUGAACUGAUCUUUGCAGAUCCCCAGCUUUUCUGUCAUUAAGAAAAUUGUUACAGCAGAUUUGGUACUAGCUAGUAAAUUAACCUAUAUUAGUCCAAAAAUAACCUGGCUGCCUUCUGGCAAGGUUGUUUCAGCUCACACAGUUGCGGUGAUUUUGUUACAGAUAAUAGUUGUGGUGAGUCCUGGGGCUCAUUUUGUGGAAACUCAUGAGUCCCAGUUUAAUUAUAACUGCUCGGGUCUUUGUGUAACCAGACAGUUAAUCUGAAGACAAACUUCAAAACUCUGUCUUACAGUUUACUGAAACAAAAUAUACUCCUUCUAUUGUAAAGCACAACAAAGACUAAAAGCGAUAUGGCUCGUUAAAUAGCCUGCGAAAACAUCCGUUUCUCCUCGCUCUUCGCCGCUGGGGACGUUGGAGAAACGGAUGUUUUCGCAGGCUACUCGUUAAACAGCAGCCACAAGAACAGUCACAUAAAUCACACCAAACAGGGUUUUGUACAAAGACAUCUUCAGAUUGCUGUGCCUAUAGUGCUUUAAUAUUUAGGCACUAGCAGUUCCCAUGUGCGCGCAUCAGUUGUAGAUUGGUGUAACAAUUUUUUUUAUGAGAAAGAGGAAUGUGUGGGAUAAUGGUAGUCAUAGUUUUAAAAAAGAUCAUUGAUCAUGAGUUGUCAAGUUUAAAUUGUAAAUGUGGGUUGAGUUUAAUUUUUAUGUGUAGGCUGGAUACAUAAUGUAUAUAUCUAAAGUGAUUUUUGUUGGUAAUGAAAAGAUUGCUGUUCUUUUAGCCCAUUGUGAGCUACUUUGCUCAUGGACAUAUUGGAGAUAGGGAAACCAUCAAAAGGUAUGUAGUCAAACUUAUACAAAAAUUACGCAUGUAUGUUAUGGAACCAUUCCCCCUUACUUUGGAGCUUAAGUGAUGUGAAAAUUCUUACCAUGGUAUCGUAUAAUAAUAUUAUAAUUCAAUGACAAAUACGUAUUAAAAGUGUUUUGAAUAUACGUAAUGCAACUCAGGAUAGCGAAUUCUGAACUUGCCCACCAAAAAGCACAUGACCUGCUAGAUAGUGGAUGGAAGGUAUAACAGUUUCUAUAGUGGUGAGGAGGGGUUACCAUCCUCCCAUCCCUCCCUUCCCUCCCCUUCGCAGAAACAAGGUAAAAUGUCAUUCCUGUAAAAAGUCCUAGUAUGGUAGCCAUUAAACGGGAUUAUAUAAUAUGCAACGCAUGCACUGCUUGAUUACCUGCUCAAUAAUACAAAGUAAGAACCUUGUAUUGGUAAAUAAUUUAAUGUGAAAUGUGACUUGGAUGCAAAUAUCCUAGAGGGAAGGCAGUACUCUUGUUAAAAGAAAGUAGCACUAAUGUCAUAUUUAGUGUUAAGAAAGUAUUGUUUAUUUGAGGGCAUUCUUAAAAAAAUAGUUACUGUAUGCAUAUAAUAUAUUAAUUUUAUUACUUUAAAUGUUGUUGAUACUCUUGUAUUCAGUUCAUCAGAAGGCUGUCAGCCAUACGUGCUUCUGGGAACACACUCUUCAAAGCAAAAUAUCAAAAGUGCAGCCAAACAGUCCCUUUUGAACAAUAAUACUACAAUGGCAAACAUUGGUGUUGAUGGCAGAGCUGCAAGGCACAUGGUAUGAAUUUGAAUUUGUUCAUUACAGGGGCUUUUGACUAUGUGGUAUACAAGUUCCUUGUUUAUUUGAAAACUUACUAUUUCAAUGACUUUUAAAGUGAAAAGGAAAAGGUCCUGUUAAUUUUUCUGAUUACCCAAGGGUCAUUAAAGUUUAUUGUUUUUGGUCAAUUCAAUCUCAGUUCGGUAAGUAGUGAAAACUUUCACUGUCCUGGUCAGUAAAUGGCAGCUUAAACUCAUAUUGAAUCAACUAAUCAAAAAAGCAGGUAAGUCACUUUAACCAACUGCCUCGCUUAAGUGGAAGGUGGGUGCCUGGGAUACCCAGGGGCUUCCACUGUGGCCAGCCAGCCCCUAGAUAGGAAAACUGCCCCCAUGGCUGGCAGAUCCCCGCAACCCAGCCAUGAGCCCCCAUUCCAGGCACCCGUCACACUGAUCAAACAGUGGAAGGAAGAAAAAUAGGGAUGGGAGGGGGGGAAGACGCUAAAUGAACCGCUCCACAGACCACUGCACAAACGCUUGAUGAAGAACUCGCAGAUCCUAGCCGUGUACAAAGCUACCGCAAACCAUGUGAGCCUGCACUUAUGGGAUUGACCGCUGGAUGCCCGCUACGCUCGUGGGCCGCUUGACCGCUAAGCUUGUAGACCGCUUGCCCGCUAAGCUUGUGGACCGCUAGACCGCUUAACUUGUGGGCCGCUAAACUUCUAAGCUUGUGAACCGCUUGACCGCUAAGCUCGUGGUGGUUAACUUAGUUAAAUUACAUUUAACCAAAUUUAAUUAGGUACAACUGGCUUUUGGUAUGGUAUACUGUACAUCCACUCAGUAUCAUAAAUCAGCUGGCAGUUUUAGUGUCCUGUGUUGUUACUUUUUUGAUUUCCAUUCAGAAAAGAUUGUGUGUGAACAAAGAAAAGCCAUGCCACUCAAAUUGACAUUUUAACAUCAGUGCUCAACUCAUACCAAUUUUCCUUUCUAAUUCAAGAGUUUCUGGGAAAGCUAUCCGGACUAUGUCCGCUUAAGGAAACUAUCAUGUCUUGGACCAAGCUGUGAGAGAGGAUUACAGGGGUAUAUUUAGGACAAACAGCUGCAACUUUACAAUGAAGUGUGUUUUGGAAUGAGCAAAAAAGUGCUUAUGAUAAAAGAAAAUGUCCUUGACUUUAUAUGUUGGUUGUGGUAUUGCAGCUUAAAUGAAAAUCUUACAAACUUGAAGAGUACUUUAUACAGCUAUACAGUGUGUUUGAUAGGUUUGCUUUGCUAUGGAGCCUAAAGGAACAAUAACAUGUGCAAGAACAUACUUUCUGGAGAAUGGAUUCCUUCCAUUAUCAGUUGUUCACACAGCGAAGCCAUCAUUUGAACCCAGCAGAGACCUCAGGUAUCAGUCGGAAAUGUUUUACUUGUCUUAGAGUUUUGUAUUCACAUUCAGUUGGCUGAUUUGAUUUAAUAAAACUUGCAGUCCUUUUAGCUUCUUGAAGAAAUGGUUGGUCCAGUGGCAAAUACCAUGAUUCCAAAGGUUUGCGAUGUUGUUUUAAAAAAGUUGGUCACUGGUUUCGAAAUAAAUGUAAUUACAAACAGAUCCUAAAGUGAGUUCAAAAAAGCACUUCUAGAUUAUUACAAAGAUUGUUUAAAUGCUUUUCACUGAGAAUUCUUCAAAAAUUAUGCAAAAUUUCACCGAAAAAAAGGGGAGUGGCCGCAGUCGAUUCAACCAACCCCUAAAUCUGUCCAUGUGUAUAUACAUGUUUUUUCUUUUCAGGUUGUUAGUGGAUCUUUAUCUUCUGUCAAUUAGUGCUGUUGAGAAGGGAGUGAAGACAUUUUCACAAACAUUUGACAGGCAAAAGGUAUAUUAUUAACACUGUGGUACUUAUAAUAAUUUAAUUCCAAGUUUAGAUAAGUUUGCUUUCUUUUAUAGAGUUACUCAACUGUCUUAUCAGAACUGAAGCGUGGCAUAGAGGAAAGAAAAGUUGAAGUGAAGUCGUCUUUUCUUUCAAGCAAUUUGGAAUUUUCCAUAGAAGGGUGUGAUUGUCUUGGAAGGUACAGUCUAUAAGCACACAAAGUGGUACUUAUUUGAGUUUAACAUUAAACGUUUGAGUUCAGUGUAGAAUGUCUGCUAGUAAGACGUAGGUGUAUUACAAUUUGCGCAUGUUUUCCACAGACUGGACAAAAACAUUGUUUAUGGUUGUUUUUCUUGCUUCAGGAACGUUGUUCUACCAAGCAGUAAACCUUUGUCUGCUGUGAAAAGAGUAAGCUUUUUAUGCUCACAUACACUCAGUCAUAAAUAUGAGAAUAUUUAUUUAUUACCAAGUCAGGGAAGGGUAAAAUUGCUGUGGUCUAGAGGUUAGGAGAGUGAACAGUUGGACAAGUAAAUUUUCAUCAUUUUAUUGCCCAACAAUCAAGCUAAGUUUUGAACCCUUUGAAGAUAGAACUUAAAAUACUAAUGUAUUAUUUAGAUUUUGGACUAGUUCCUUAGCGUUUUUAGCUAUUAAACUGAAAAUAGGCCUUAUCCAGUCAAAUCCUUAAUUUACGGGACAUUUUCUGUAAUAAGAACUUAGUUUGAUGAUUGAACAUCAUGUGCUUUUAUAGAAAUAUGACAUAAUAUACAUAUAUUCAGUCAAAAAUGGGUUGUGGUUGAGCAUAAAUAUGUUUGACCAAACAUCUCAACCGUCACCUGCCGGGAAUUUGUUUCAAGCCCUGAAAGCAUUUUUUAAAUUCCCCAAAGUGCGCUAAGAAGAAGUUUACCAUUCUACUGGACGGAAUGUUGUGUGAAAUUCAUGCAGUCCUUCUAGUGACAUAAACUUAAUAAAGCACACAUGCUUUGUUGUGAUAAAUGCGUCAUUGAAUGAGUUAGCAGUAAACACACAUUUAUCGCAUACAUCUUGGCCACAUAACAGACUUUUUCUGACCAAAAAUGUAAUCAGGGUAUUUUAUAAAUUCAUUUCUAGUGAUAUUGAUCUUCCAUCAAAUAAAUACAUACAGUCGACUCCCGAUAACUCGAACCUUCAAGGGAAAUCGAACAAAGUUCGAGUUAUCGGAGGUUUGAGUUAUCGGGAGCUCGAAGAAAAUAGUCGAGAGUAAGGUAAAAAACAGUUUUUACUGCACAGUGAACAUUUCAAUCACAUUUAAUUGUAGAAAUGUCAAGUGAAAUUAAAAGAUACUUCUAGAUUAUAAAUCAGAACGUAACGUAACAAAACAUAGCCUAAGUAGAGCAUGCGUUUUACUGUUUUGAGAAGUGAAGCUGCUUCACGUUAGCCUGUGACAAUCAACAUCAGCCUCCAUUAGUAAACUAUAGUCCUACAACACGUUAAUAGGAAAUCCAAAAUUCAAUGUUUCGGACGCCAAUAGACGGCUUUUUUCCCAACUUUUUAAGGGCUGAAAACAUGGUUCGAGUUAUCGAGGGUAAAAUUAUAUAGAAAAUGACCUGAGGGGAAACGAAAAUUGGUUCGAGUUAGCGGGAGUUCAAGUUGUCGAGGGUUCGAGUUACCGAGGGUAAAAUUACAGUGAAAGUAGGACGGAAAUCCAGGGGAAAUCGAUUUUGGUUCGAGUUAGCGAGGGUUCCAGUUAUCGGGAGUCGACUGUAUUAAAUACAUGUAUAAAUACUUAUGAAUAAAUAAAUAAUUAUGUAAGACAAAGACCCUACUCUGCUAGAAAUUACUCUUUGAACACCUGUAGCUUUGUUUGUAGGCUUGUCUUUAUUUGUAUGAUGUGCCAAGUGUUGAACACCCUGGACAUGUCUUGGGUUCUGUGGUAUUUGGUGAAUCAUUUUUAGAUUCAGCAGUCCGGAUGCUUGUUCCAGGUACAAAUGAAUAUUUAUUUAUUGAGCAUUUGAUCAAGGAGUAACAGCUGGUGUACAUGCGAGUUUACAGUGAUGUUGUUACAUACAGUGUAAGUAGGUUGUUGUAGGUUUUAACCCUAAGCUAAACUUCUUUUUCGAAAGAGCUUUCAAAAACUAGAUGAGAAAUGAUGGUACCUUAUUGAAGGCAGUGCCGGGUACUUGAGAUGUUAGAGCAGUAGUCUAAUAAUCCUAAUAGUAGCUAGUUUUCAGGGUAAAAAGAAGCACAUAGUUCAGUAAUAUGUUGAGCAGUUAACAGCUCUUUUCCCCGCACAAAGAUUAGCACAGACCGUUUUUUUCUUGUGUACUUGUAAUAAAUUUUCAAUUGGUACUUACCUGAAAGAUUCCUCCUCCUGUUGAGAUCCUUCAAUGGUUGUAUGGACAAAACCUUAUCUCUAUAACUGAAGGUUAUGUGCUCAAAUUUAUUUUUACAGACAAUGCAAGUGUUUGGAACACCUCAUUUGUAUUCUUGACAGAAAACAUUCCAAGAUUUGUUUCGUGGAAGGUAUAAAGAGGGUAUAAUACUUACUGGGAGGAGGUUAUGAUUGUUGAUGUACAAAAAUAAAACAGUGGAGUAAGUGCAGACUAUUCCUUGUUUUUCAUCUUAUCAGGGAGAUGGGAUUGAAAAGCAGACAUCACAGCAAAUAGAGUCCUUUGCUAAGGUCUGACAAGAUUUAGUUCAUUUGACAACAAUACUUCAUUUUUUGUUACUUUAUAUUCUCCUGGUUAACAAUUCUUCUUGACAAGCCUCCAUCUUGAUUGAUCACCACCGCGAAAUGAUUUGCCGAUUUAUUAGCGUUGAAAAUUAAUUAUCAACAUAUGUGUCUGGUCAGUGUGAUUCAACUGAGUAUGAUCUGAAGAAUUAUGUAGAUGGCGGGCUGAGGGUGCAUAACACCCUCCGAGAUCUACAUAAUUAUUCAGAUCGUACUAUAAGCUGAAUCUAAUUAUUGUUUCAUUAUUCAUGUUGUGGUUCAAUUUUAUCCUUGGUUUAAAUUUUAUUUUCUUUUGUUUUAAGCUCAUUAUCACACAUUAACAUACCUAAAAACAAAAGAAAAUAAAAUUUAAACCAAGGAUAAAAUUGAACCACGACAUUCAUUCAAAUUAACUCUUGCGGUAAAAACAUACUUACAGUGAUCAGUGUAACGUCGGUUGUCAUCGGUCAAGUUGCAAUUUUUUUAUUCAGCAGUUUGGCUUUUUCGUCUUCGUAAAAGGCAAGAAAUUUUAAGCCAUUUUCUCCAGCUCUUCCAAAACAGCUGAGCUAACCCAAACUCAUCCCCAGGGCAUCUCGGUUGCGGUACUUUUUUCUGGUGAUAGCCUGCUUUAUUGACGUCAUUUUGCCGGAUGUUGCAAACGUCUUGCAAAUUUGGUCAACGUUAGCUGUUUAUGAAUAAUUAGUCGGGAAUUUGAGCGUGUCGGAAACGGAGACAUAUUUUGAAUGAGCAGUGUUGCCACUUAAAUAUCAUUUAUCUUGUCAUUACUAUACUUUUAAUGUCACUGCCUCAUGAGACCUGCUGGGGGGAACAAGUUCGUAGCUGAUGUAACCAACCUUGUAAAUAGGAUCUUCUGGCUUCUAAGCGGAAACUUGUACUGCGAAUUUAAUUUGUACAAGAUGUACUGUUCCAUCACGAGUAUUUUAUACCAGGAAUGACCUAUAUGGUGUAGAUGCUAUGACGUUAGACCAACUAACUGCUUUAAUGGCUGACGAUGAAGCGAAAAUUGAUAUUUCUUUGGCAGACAAAGGCUGAAAGUAAAGUUCUUGGGAAACAGUUGCUUUGUGGCAGCCACGUGUUUAUUUUAAGUCCAGCAAAUGGAUGGGAAACAGGUUUGUGGUCGAUAGUUCUUGCGUUCCUCACAUGGGAGAAGGUUUUUGUUUUUCUGGGAAAUUGUAUGGUAUUUGUUUUGUUCUAAGGAGAUAGUACUAAUUGAGUUUUUUUAUAUUCCAUUUCUUUAUUGGAAUUUCAUUGUAAAGCUCACCAGUGUUUUAGUUGCUGUUCUCUUAAAUUUAUUUUGCCCUAUUUUAGGUUCACUCUACGUAUACGAGCAAGGUUUUGUAUUCGUCCAUCCAAGAUUUGGUGUCAUUUCACUGCCUAUUUCUAAGUUUUCAAGAGUGCAGUUUUAUGACAAGGUAACUGUAUUUCAAAAGUCAAUAUUCCUUACAGGUAAUCCCUUCUAUUAGAUAAGGUGUUAUGCGCGUUUCCUUACUGUAUCGAGGGAUCCCACACACGUGCCGUAUUAGACGCUCUGAAUGCAGUGACUCUGUUAACUGGUUAGGUAUGCAUCGGCGAUGUUUUGUUGUGAUAGAAUACAAAGUUUCAGUAUUUUUAAACGCUGAACAAAUGAAAACCUAGAAAAAUGUCAUUCUUUGCUGUAUGAGUUAUUAGACUGACGUAGCUUGACAAAUAAGAAGAAAUGACUAUCACUGAACUGAUAACGCGGCACAUGUGCUGCUGUAUUUAAUUUUGAUGUCUUUGCCUUCGUUUCACAGGGCUCCACCACUAUCAGUACACUCCUUAUUCUAACGUAUCAUGCAAGCAUCAAGGAGAACCUUCCAUAUUAUCUGAUAAAUAAACAGAAUAACUUGGUUCUAGCUCUCACUCCACAUUCACAUAUAUACAGACAGUUUUACUCUGAUGUUUUACAUCUGUGGAAAGAGAACCAAGUACCCAGCUUUCCUCACUUUGAAACUUUAGUUGGUAAGAUUUUGCGAAAAUGAUAUAAUUGUAGUUAACUUUCGGAAAGAUAAUCAUUCUUACAUUUAUACAAGUUUGUUUGUUUUGUUUGUUUUGUUUGCUUUUGGGACAUACCGUUGUAUAUUUUUGUGCUGUGGGAAUUAUACAUCUUUGUUUCGGGGGCGGCGAAGUCGGGGGAGCGUAUCGGAGAUUUUUAACACAAAGAAAGUCAUCUUCAAGGUAACAUCGUACAGGCAGCCAGACUGUGUUAUCUGUUAUUAUUAGAAACAAUUGGCGUGCUCUUAAAGUAUGUGCUUUUGUAAUGGCUGGUACUUUUUUGUCUCCUUAGAAUUGCCUGAUGACUUGAAUGAACGGUGAGUAGUGUCUACUUUGUAAAUUGAGAAUAGGCUAGUUCUGAAUUGUAACAUUCAACUGUUAAAUGGCGUUAACAGCUGGGUGCAAACAUUUAACGAACGUCUUGCAAUAACCUUGUAAUUUCAGUUGUUUGGCUGUAACGUCCUGUAUUUUGGUCCAUAUAUCUUGUUCUGCCCACCCACCUCGAUUAAUUAUUGUUACUUGUGGGUAGUUAUAUCUGUUCUGCUAAAUUCAUGCUGUAAUAAUUGUGUUUUUUGAGACAGUUUAAGGCUAGCACCAAUAGCAUCUAACUCCAACAGUCACAGUAAAUUUCAGUAGCAGAAUAUGCAAGAAUGAUGUAUAUUGGAUUCUCUUCUGAUUUUUAAUAAUCUCAUCCUUCCAGGCAUUCCUUUCUACAAAUUCAGUUAGAGAGUCCAGCCGUCAUCCAGGAUUUGUCUUCUGCUGAAGCCUCUAUGCCAGAUUUAAAAAAGUAAGCAAGUUAGUAAGGAAUUGUUUUAAAACCUUUAUUAGGGAAAAAAGGUUCGUUGUACUUAAAGUGGCAGCACAUAUUUUCCGAGCAAAAAAUUUCUGUGUAGUGUUUACGUUUUCCGUUGUUGGACCAACAAGACAGCGUUUAACAAAAACGCGUUCGUAGUCUUUUCAGUUCACCCAAUGCUUUUAUAAACACCAUUUCUCGUGAAAGUUUCAUGAAAGCAUAAGGCUUAGACUGGAAAAGCAGUUAUUUUUUAAAAAUUACCCACUAAGGGAGAUUUCCGGAGGUCCAAAGAGUUUCUAAACUGUACCUUUCAUAUGGGUUUUAUUUUUUAAAUGAACACUUCAAUAAGGACCUAAUUUAGAUUGGACGGACUUCAAGUACGAUAUUAUUGAGUACGAAUACGAGUUCAAUUUUAAACCAAAUUUUCGUUUCUCGCUAUAAUUUAAUACUUAUCACACCAGGCGUUUAAUUAUUUGCUAGUCAGCAACAGGAAAGUGUUUUAUAUUUUGGGUGAUAAAAUUAGCUCGGAAUUCUUAAGUGGUACUCGUAGUCGUCGUCAAAUCUUAAAGUCGCUAAUAUUCCAUCCAUUUGAACUUUGGUUCCAUCGUUCUUAAUCAUGAUCAUCAUUUGCGCAGUGGGACGAUGAGUGUAUGCUGUACAGUACUGUCCAUAUAAAUAAAACCUGCUGAGUAAUACUUUUCUAUUGUGCUGAUUAUUACGCUGAACAAAGCGUUUCCCUUUUCAGUCUGAAGUGAUAAAGUUAUUUAUUGACAGAUAGCUUUGUUUCAAAGUAGACAGUGGUAUGUCGGCACUUUGGUGCGGGUUUUUUGCACUAACACUAGCUGUUCAAUUUCCUAUUCUCCAUACAUUUCAGUUUCUUGUGUCACUUAUCAGCCAGUUGCUCAUUUGCCGACACACCCAUCGCGUCCUCAGAUCUACCCGUAGUUUUAGGCAACAAGUCUGUUAGUGAGGAGAAACAGUCACCAGCGUUUCAGGUAUAACUACUGAAGUAAGUUGUAGUUAUCAUUAAAAUAGUUGUGUAAGAUGCCAUAACGACCAAGAUUCCAAUUUCACUGAUUGAAAAAGUGAUAAACUUACCGAUUCUGUCCUUUUAUUUCCGUUCAAGUUGUUAUUGACUAUACUGACUGGAGUACCCGGAAGCGGAAAAGAUUCACUUUGUCUAGCCCUAGCAGCUUUGGCCAAAGAAAAUAGCAAGUAUGCUUUCAAUUUAUGUUUUGUCAAGCAUUUUCAUUCGAGAGGGAGACGAAAAAUUGCCCUGUUAAACUUUGAGUGGUUAAACUUUCGCCUCUUUUUUAACCAGUCAUCAGAGGCUUAUCCUGUAAAUGCAGGCAUAUGCCAGCACGAAUUUUUCCGCGCUUGAUCUGCCUGUUUGUUUGUGUUUUUUUUUUAAGGUCUGAUGAGGUCUUGCCAGCAGAUAUUACGUCUGUUGUGAUAUUCAAAAGAAGAUCUCUCGAACUGCUAUUUUAUUUCAGUUGAUAUUCAGCAUUCCUUACUGUAAUUGUGAUUUUUGACAGAUGGGUAAUCUUACAAAGACCCGACAACAAGUCUGACCCGUUUGAUCCCAAAGGUAAGCUUCAUUUUCAUCUCAUAUUCUUUUACCUCUGCUUCUCAGUGUUGGGGUCGGGAGGAAGGGGGGGGGGGGGGGGGGCAGAAUUGCUCCCUUAUACAAGUGCCCGCAUAUGGCUUGUAUUUUCUUCAAUUACAACCACUCUCGAUUGGUUAAAUUUUGGCCUGUAAUUCCUCUACACUUUAAUGAAUCAACACUUCUACUGUUUGUUGCCAGGAUAUUGUAUUCUUCAAAUGUCUUGCAGUCACUAGCGAUUCACUAGCUGUAACCUUUUUUUUGAGCGCUUUGUAAUUCAAAAACAAGUUCGGCGACCACAACCUGAUUUCUUUUCACGGAAGACGAACGAUCGUAUCCUUCGAACUGUGUUACCCCAUUUAAAUUAAACAGAGAAUUGUAAGAUAAUAGAGGAAUGAGGUGACCCAUAUUUCAUGGAAUAAUCCAGCCACCCGGAUGUGCUAAGAAAUUCAUCCUUGAGAAAAAACUGGAGGGGUUUGCGAGACAAGAAAAUACACCCGUACAUAAGGGGAAGGUCCUCGGAUCCUCGGAUCCUCGAUCUUUUUGUUUUUAUUUUUUUAUCAUUUGUAGACACAUAAAAAGACAAGCAAGACAAAAGCCCAGAAAAUAAAAACCUACAAAAAGACACAAACAAAAAAUCAAACAAAUCAGUAAUACCCUGAGCUGAGCUAACCAUAAAAAUCAUUAAGGUAUUGAUCGAAGAUUAAGAAUAAUAAAGAACUGAUAUUUUGAUUAUUUCAUUGAUAAUUGCAGUGUUACAAGAAUCUCUAACCACAACUUUAUUAAGCCAACGGCGACUUCACGCAAGACUUACAGCUAGUGGAAGAAGGCUUAGAGUUAUUGUUGUUACACCGGGGUAAGAGAAUAUGUAUGCUUUGUCAGCCAUCAUAAGGUAACUCAUCUAGCGACUGAAAUUUAGGGUAGCUACUCUGCUUGUAAACCAGCAGUGUAGUUGAAAAGAAUUAAAGAAUUGCUUUAAAAAAUUGAUACUUGUCACGAAUGGAAACAAGACUUGUGAUACGUUGUAGGCUCAAACUUCCUGCCUCUUUUUGAGGCGUAUGUCAAUUUGAUUUUGUAACAGUUAUCGAAAAAUUAGAAUUGCCACCAGUGUCGUUACUGUAGCAAAUGUUUUUUAACUUUUAAGGCAUGUCCUUGGCCUUACAUAUAGUAAAUAUCAGCCAGUGUUAGCGUUGAUUUCCGCCGCCCUCUCGGUCCUUUUCGAGAGAGGAGCGCGGGCUCAUUUCUCGAACAGCGGCUGGUAAUGGAGCCUACCAGAGUGUUUGUUUCUACAGGGAUAACUUGUGGUGUUUUCACUUAAGGUUUACUGACGUGAUAGACGUGGUACAAGCUAUAAAGACUCAUCCUGAUAGCGAGGUUGGCAAAUGUCUGAAGAUAGGAGCUGUAACCUGCUGUGUGGACCCACUGAAUUGCUUUAUGCAGAACAGGUUGGUAUAAUGUACAAUAACAAGCAGUCAGCAAGCUGAGUGACAGACUAAUAGCCUUUCCACAAGUUUUUGCACCAGCACUUGAUGUCAUAACCUCGUUCCCAGGGUACUCACCCUACUCGUCUCUGGACGAAUAGGGUAGAACCCUGUGAACGAGGCAAGGAUGUCAUCGAAGGACGAUUGCUAGUAUGCAUCGAGGGCGUAAUUUUGCUGCACAUUUCAUGGUAGCUCGAAGAUUGAGACGAACGUAAGAGUGACUUGUCUGGCGAGUGCAUAGGCCUUGUUUCACUUAAAUGCCUUCGAGUGAACUAAGCGCUUUUCCGUGAGAAGUUUUGUUCAGUACUAAAUUUUAAACUGUCUCACGAAGACUUACAGUGCACGAUACCCGAGAAAUGGUAGGGAUCAUCUGUUCGGCUUUUUCGUAGACUAUUCGUAGACUAUAAUCAAUAGUUAUUUCUAUUUCAUUUUUGCAUUUUAUAAUAUUUCUAGUGUAAGUCAGCGCUCAUUUUUCUAUCUUAAGUUGUAUUUUAUAGAGGGCCACAGGGUCAUCAGUUUUACUACUGUCACACGCUCCCCUCUUAAAAUGAAGUCUUUUGGUUGAUUAAUUGAUUGACUAAAGAGACGGGGUACUUUCUAUGACAUGCGCAUGUAUGGAAUUAACUGAUGGAUGAUGUUUUGAUCUUGCGUGUAGGUUAACACUUCCCAAGCUGCUGGAACAGUGUGCACAGGGUUUGUUUACCAUUGUCUUUAGUAGCAGGCCAACUUCACUUAGUAUUGAUAGGAUUAGCAAUACUUAAGAGCUAGACGGCAUCUCUAGUAACAAAACUCUAUUUUUAAUUAUCAGUAUAACAUUGAACAUUUGUUUGUAAUAAUUAUUUUUAUUUCUUUUAUCUUUUGCAAACAGGAUGGGUCAAUAAUGUCGUCUUCACAAGUUGCUUAGAAUCGCAGGUAUGGACGGACACUCUCCAACUGAGUCGCUACCUUAACUCUUACUUUCCUUAUAAUUAACCGUAGAAAGGGCAAAGUACGGAAUAACUUUCCUUUGUAUGAACACAUGACUGGAAUAGGUUAUUUCGGAGUUCCAAAUACUCUCACUUUCAAAACGAAACGUUAAGCGCAAAACCUUUCUUGUAAAAGUGAGUUUUAUUUGCCUGAGAAUAAAACAUCAUUUUCAUAUCAAUGGCUACGUACCUAGCCUCGCUAUGAAAAAGAGGCUUGGAGCAACUAAGAAAGGGCCUAUUCAUUCGUGGACUAAAUAGGACCUCCUUGCACUGCGUAAUGAAUACUGACGCAGGAAAGUAGUGCUGGACCAUAUCUUCAAAAUCGUCGCGGCGCGGCUUGCUCCGUUACAGAAAUCACCGUUCUCGUGUGUGAACUGAAGCCCUAUCCGAUAUGGUUUUCGUGCCGACGUAAGAGCUAUAGCUUAAGUGAACAACUUACUAUUUGGGAAUGUGCACUUGUAGUUUAUCAUGUUUUCAGUUACAUUUAUGCCUCUGCUGUUGAACAUUUAAAUAACAGGCUCUACCAACGUCCUCGUCGUUUUGUUUGGUUGGUUAUCAAAUAGCCACGUAAGCACUUAUUCAAUAUCUCAACUUUUAUUUCGCAGAAUACUCAGCUAAGUCUGAUUCAGAAGCUUGUCAGAGCUUGUAAUCCUGAUGUGGCGUUUAUUCUUGCUAAAGGGGGAGAAGUCACAAGGUAAUAAUGAGCGGCAGAAACUCUUUUGUCUCUCUUGCCUUUUUCACAGAGAAAAUCAGAAGAUUUGACAGAGAUUGUUUUGUAUGUGGCACAAAACCUCCGUAAAUGUACAAGAGGAAUAUCAAGAUUACUCCGACAUUUUUCGCGAUGGCGAUCUCGUGGAAGGAAAUUCGUUGAACUAAGCAGUUACAAGAUGUCUGUGAACGUGCGCAUUUACGGAGGGAAUAUAGACAUUGAGAGAUUUGACUAACUUAAGCGCAGUCUGUACAAAGUUUAAAGCUUUCAGCGAUGAAACACUUUUCAUAAUUAUAACGCUUAGUUUAGAGAAACGUAAAUUUCACGUUCAAAGGAGGAGGAUACAAAGCAUUGUGAAUAAAUAGAAUCAAGUACAUCAGUACUGAGAGACGCACGAUCUCAAGGUGUAGAGGGAUCGUUAGCCGGGCUGGGGGAGGUUGGAGUUUCUCGAGGAGUUUGUAAUGAGUUUGGUUUGUGUUUGGUUUUUAGGACGCCUGAUGUAGAGUUAAUUCUGUCGGACAGAGCCUUUGAUGAGGACGAGAUGGCUCAGAAGAGACUGCUGAUGUGUCCAGGCUGGUUAGUCAGUUUACUCUUGCUUUACUUAGCCCCAUACAUCAAAGCCGGGCGACCAUCAGCAAUUAAUCCCAUUCUUUUCUCACGAUCACAAGCGAACCUGAGUAACUUAAGGAUUCUCGAUCCAUCUCUUGCACUGAAGGCGAGUCUGGACAUGGUUAUGAUUGCCCUGCUCAAAAGUAAACUCAAACUCAGAAAACUUUAGUUCAAAACGUCGUUUCCGGUUAUUACAGCUCUUGUUUUCUUUCAGGUCUUUGGGGUGGUUUUCCUCGGGAGAAUCAGAACUACUCGUUAAUGAGGUGAGAUUAUCACGCAAACGUUUGAUUCUCAACUUGUUUUGGUGAAGUUGGACGAUUUCAAUCUGAAAUGGAUCUUUCCUGUUUAGAUUUCAAUAUCAUUCUAUGGGCCAUUCCACAAGCCGAGAUUUGUCUCCAAUCUUAAAGGUAAGAGUCUGUUAGCUCAGCUUACAUACAGACCACGGCACACACAGUCUGUUUAUUUCUUCAAAAGACGACUUUUUUUGCCUUGAAUUUUGUCUCUCAGUCUCACUAUUGAUUUUUAUGAAGUGGCGACGUCUGAUAUUUCAGUUUCAUUUUCUUUAUUGGCUGGAGGUUUUAAAUAGCGAUACGAUGGUUUUAUGCUCACACAACUUGGAACAACCUUUCAGAUCUAUUCAUUAUUGACUUAGUGUCUUUUUUAAAAAUAAAACAACAUGAAAUGGAAAAGAGAUAAAAAGGGAUCUAAAUUUUAUAUGCACCUUGUUAUUACAGGGCAAGACUUAGGUGAAGUUUGUCCAAGACUUGAGUGAAAAAGGGAGUAUGGCAACUUAUAUGGCAAUCUUGCGAUUGCCACGUGCGUGCUAUCAAAGCACAACUACAAUAGGUUGUUAAGUACUGACUUUUGUAAUUUGUGUACUUCAAAUAAACAGCACUUCACAGUCCCAUAUCAUAUAAAGGAAUACGCGAAUCAGGUCAGUCAAUCUGAAGUUUCUUCUCAUUUUAUUGUGUAAAUUGGAUAACACGUACAGACUCAUGGAGUUAAUUUCAAGCAAAAAACAAAACAACUUACAAAAUGGUUCGCAUCUAAGGGAUUUCUUGUCUUCCGUCGAUUUCUGUCCUCUCUCACACUUGUGUAUGACCACUUCAUCUUCCUUGACUCGAAAGGGAUGGGGAAUAUUUGCAUUUUGAGUUCGUUUUCUAACAUCUAUUCUGUUGUGUUUAGGAGCAAUUCACAGUCUGCGAGGGCACGUCUGUUUUUCAGGUAAUACGAUUUGGCCCUUCUGUUUCAUGUUUGUUUAUUUUUUUCUAUGACCGUUUAAAAUAUCUACUGCAUGACGCUGAUGUAUUUUUGAGGUACUGAACCAAAGACAUCUGAUUAUUCAAUAGUGAGAUUAAGAUUCACGUUUACGCCAAACGGCAAACGUGAAUUUGUACCACGUGACCAAGUUUUCCCCUCAAUUGUCGUUUACUGUUUAUUACUUCUACACAAAAAUAAAAAGUUUCACGCCAGUUUUAUCCGAAGAAUUGUUCUGGACAGUUUUAUCUGCUUAUUUUCUAUUCUGAGAAAUUCUCAACUUGAAUCUGACGUUUGCCGUAAGCGUGAAUCUUUAUCUCUCUAAUCUUUCUAAUAACCUGGGUGAAACGGGAAACCAGGGGAAAAGGGAAUUAUUUUUAGUCAGAUGAAUUGUACAGCAUUUUUUAAAUCACUUUUGGUAAUCUUUAUACUCCCUGUAAAGGUCUGGCAACUUAUAUUUUCACUUGAUUCGACGUUGGCUUUGAUUUCUUUCCAUACACGUUCCUCUUUUGCGACAAUAACUUUCACAUGAAAUUUACUACCUCACCACCACCUCUUCCUUGAAUGUCCAAAUGCUUUUACAGUGACUCUCAGUCCAAAUGCAGUUUCAUUUCCUUUCACUCACUUUGCAUUGAGUCCGCAGUCUUGUCAUUCGUUAUAUCUUUAGUUUUUAUUUUUAAGCUAACUGAUAAGGAGUAUGAAUUGCUAUUUUAACAGAAGAGGAGCCUCAUAAGGAAGUACGUGUCCAGUGGGUCCGCCUGAGUGGAGUGCUGAGAAUGAACCCAUUAGAUAGCACCGCCAUUCCCAGACCUCCCUCUGCCGCUGCACAACGGAAUGGCGCCACACACAAAGUUAACGAGUACUGCAUCAUUUUUGUGGGAUUUAACCUUCAGGAACAGAACUUGAAAGAUUGGCUUAAAACGUGCUGUAAACCGGUGUGUGAUUGAAUGUCUUGGUAUUUUUAACAUGAACAACCACUGAACCAGUUCGUUGUAAUUUCUUUUAAGUAACGAAGUAAUGAAGUUGUCCACCAACCCUGAAUAGUCUCAAGUCCAAUUUCAAGUGACGGGCUCUGAUACCUGUUUGGCUGACGUUUGUGUUACAAUAACUUUUAGGCCCCCAAGAAGCAGAAGUUGAAAACGCGCAAGGAUCUGUCGGACAAAGAGGUUUCAGAAAUAAACGUAAGUACCCAGUAGGUCAGAUUACUUUACUUUUCUCUGCACGUAAGUUUCUGGUGGAAUUCAGAAGGAUCAUUCGCGAUCCAUGGCGACGCUGGUUCGUUAAAUCCGGGACCUCUGAGAAGAAGAUUCCUUCCUGAAAGGCUCUUGACACCAAUUUCGGUGCUUGUCGUACGUGGCUCCGCAUGUAAGGAAGGUUCAGUUCAACCAGCACGAAGUGUAUUGUUCGUGGUUUUCUACUAUACGUUAGGACAUUGGAAGAAGUAAAAUGGAUCUUGCUUCUCGGUUUUCCUUUAGUACGCUUUUGGUUUGUUGUAAAUUUCCCACCUCUUUCAGAGAUUGUCGUAGGCGCUUUUGCUGCCUCGCCGCGCCCGAGCCUUUAUUUUUUCUGGGCACUGAUUAACACUUUGAGUAUUAAUACGACUGUUAUGAGAUAAGUGAUCGCGGGUGUUUUGGUUUUCCCAGGCUAAACACAGAUUGGAUCCUUUGCCACCAGGCUGGUUCUACAAUGGCUCUAAUUACGUCAGUCUUACAGGAGAGAAGGAGUUUCACCAUCCACGUAUCCUCUGCACGUCGCAUUAUUUAUUAUGCUUAUUCUUCUUCAUUAAUACCAAUCACUUCUUCUUUUUCUUGAAAAUAUAGUGCAUGCAUUGUUUCCUUGAGAAAAAGGUAAAUCGAUAAAAUCGUAUUGUUAAACCAUGAAUCAAACUACACUAAUCGAUUAAUCAAGACGGCUUGUAAGAAACAAUGGAGAUUUCAGCGUUAGUUGUUUUCCUUAACUUGCAGUUAGUGCUUGAUUCAUUUUUAGACAGUUAUCUGUUAAAUAUCAACGAGAACAUAGAGAAACAAAACAUAGAGGCCAACAAUCGACAAGCAGUUGAUAUCUUUACGAGGCCCAGUAGCGGCUCAUGAGCAACAAAAAUAAAAAAUGGAGGACAUACUUUUGUGGUUAUAAUGUCCGGCCGCCGGCCGAUUCCAGGCGUUCAGAUAGGGGGAAGUUAAGUGUUAACGAUAUCGCUUUAUUAAAGCGAACGACGAUAGUGUGUCAUGUCAUCUAAUCUGUUUGCAGUUCAAAGAUAUAAAAGCAUUUAAAAUUAAGUUAUAUUGGUGUGUAAAUCGUGUGAAUUGAGAGUUUGUGGCGCAUCUGUUAAGAGAAAACCCGUAAAAUUCGAGACUGUUUUCGGUAGUUUUCUUCGCUCUUUUGAGAAAGUAUUCAGUAUUUUUUUAAUAUUUGUCGUUGUAAAAAGAUGAUGUUGUGCAUUUGUACGUUUGUAUGUUUAACACUUUCUAGUAUCAAAACGGCCGCAGAAGUAGAUUCAUUAACCGGCAUUGUUUUCAGUGAUUUCAUUCACAAUUAUUAACAACACUCAACUUUCGCGCUCAUAUGCGUAGUUAAGAUGUCCAAUGCUAAUGUAAAGUUCCAACCCAAAACUCUUUGCAUUUUCCUUGGCUCUAUUCUUGAAGUCGGAAUGAAUAAUUAACCUGGAAAAAGAUCAGAAGAUUCGUUUUCUUUUCCAGCCUUGUUUUUCUUACCUUCAAUUUUAUUUAUUUGAUAUCCCCUUAAAGUUUACAGCUCAAAAACAGUUCUCCUUAUUUGUCUCUUGGAACUAAAAGUUGUAAAUUAAGACAGUGUGAGUUAUUUAUUAAACGGUUGUCAACUGACAAGUGCUCUUCUUGGUGCCCAUCUCAGCUUGUCACUUUUAAAGAGAAUAAACUUCUUGUUUUACACAACAGUCGUUUCGCAAAUUAUAAAAAGCCGUACUAUUUUUGGGAAGGUGUUGCCAAGUCUUAUAAAAUGUGGAAGCAAUUUUGUAAAGUCUAUGUACUUCAACUUUGGCCGGGGUGGGGGGAGUACUUUAUCAGUGAACAAAUGACUAUUAGUAAAAUCCAACUAGUGGUCUAUUAUCAAUGCUGUGUUCUGAUUGGUUGAGCUACUACUAGGCUAUAUGUUAUAGCCCACUAGUAGCGAUAAGCGCCGGCGAUAAGCGUCUAGCUUUAACCAGUUAAAAUUUUUUGGUUCUUGAUAUUUUUGACCAACUAGUUGGAUUUUACUAAAACAAUUAUUCCUCUCGCCCUCAUGGCCUCUGUUUCCGUUUUCAUAUCCCACAUCCUAUUAAACUCAAUUUCCAAAUCUUUAUGCUUGGACAACUUCUCUAUGAAUUUUGCUGAGGUGUCACUUUCAGAUGGAACUGCCAUGUCAAUGAGCAUACACCUUCUUUCUUCCUUGUCUUCGACCACAAUGUCAGGUCUGUUGGCUUUUAUUUCCCCGAAGUGUGUGCACAGGCAUAUCCCAGCGUAUUGUGGCCUCGCUGUUACUGUUGUUGGCUGGUGUUCAUACCACUUCUCAGUUGUCUCGAUUUCACAACCUCUGCAGAUCUUGCGAUGAAUGUAUGCUGCUGUCUUGUUAUGCAGAUAAAUUUACACUGUUUUCGCUAAUACCAGGUACCCCUAGACAAUGUUGUCAAUGGACGUUUAUUAGUUAUGCGCAUGCGUUGAGUCCUCUACAAAGAGUCCUUGGUCACUUCCUGAGGGACCUAGGUCCCAUUGAUGUGAUAAAAUGAUUUUGUUACUUUAAUUUGUACUAUCGUUAUGUACAAGGAAGGAAACCUCCCCGGAGAGGGGAAGAUUUAAAGGAAGUUUGGUUGGGGCUGUACUGCUGAAACCCUUCGAUUCUGACCCUGUUUAAGGCAAAAUGCUUUAAGAUUGCAACCCUGUUUAAACGCUAAAUAGUGAAACUGAACUCUUUUUUAAGAUUGAAGAUUCCAUAAACCUAUAUUAUGCAGAGCGGCACAUACCGAGUGAGCCAAACAUGGAAGUCCCCCAUCUCCUUCCCCCCGCAGAGUACGUGCGUCGAUUUGUAAACUCCCAAGGCGGAACAAUUAGGCGGAACCAUUUUUUCAUAUAUGAAGGCGAAGAAUCAUACAUUUGUUAAUGACGACAUAUCGUCAAGACAUCAUGACUAAUUUCGGUUGCGUGCGUGACAGAUCUACUGUGUAGUUUUGAUGCUAAAGAACAAUUUCACUACAUUAUCGUUCAAAAGUAAUACUAAAUUUUCAGUGAUUCUUAUAUGACUCACAUGUAUACGGAUGCCCAUAAGGGACACACAGCGUUUUUAUUUUACUGCUUCUUUUAGUACCACUUUGAUUGCGAGUUCAGGUAUCUGAUUAUCUGGGGCUUAAGGUGUCCUCAUGGUUCUCAGAACAUGGCGGCGUGUAGCAAACGAGGCGACCUUGAGAAGGUAGGCUUAUGAAUAUUGAUUUAUGAUAAUAUACUUAUAAAUAUUACAGAAAAGAGUAAACUGAGCGCAGUCGAACAGUUGUUCUACAUUUUUUGACCAUGCAAAGCUAUUAUUUUGUUUUUCACAUAAAUCCUCACAUUUAAGCUUAUUGUUCACGAGUUAAAACUGUUCGUGCAAGCUAAAUCAAACCAUGCUGCUAAUGGUUUUCACAUAAAUACCUCUCAGUUAUCGUACACUGAUUGCUUUCAUAAUAAUAGCAACUUUAUUAACUGUUGUAAAAACAACUGCAAUAUGGUAAUUAUAGUUUCUCGCCAUAUACAUACAUGAAGUUCUUAAACUAAAAGCAAAGGAGUUAGUUGAAAAAUAUAUCUAUAUGUAUAUAUAUAUAUAUAUAUAUAUAUUUAUUAAAAACUGAAUCAUUGGAUAAUGCAAUUCUAGCAUUUUGAUUGGCUUAGCCGUUAUGGUAUAUGAGCUAGAAUCGCAUAAUUAAGUAAAAUCUCGCAUUCUGAUUGGUUAACGAAGCGAGGUAUUUAGUGUGGAAUUGCGAGUUGGAAACGAGGCUAAGCGAUAUUGUUUCGCAUCUACGUAACAACUAUCGUCAAAUUCUAACACAACAACAUGCAAAAAAGGUUUUCUACAAUGUCAUUUUAAAAUGUUUUCAAAACCAUUCAUUGUCACUUUUUGAAGAGUUAAAAACAAACAAAAGCGUUUUUUAAAGUGAGCCGGAGGUUCUUCCUUGUUUUGAACUGAACUACAGAUUCUCGAAGAGACAUAAAACCUCUUUCACUCGCGACAACCAGAAAACAAGAAAAUCCUGUGAACACGGCCCAGAAAAUGGCAAUCCAAAGUUCAACCAAACAAAACGGAGAAACGACAACGGAGGAAGUGCCGGGGUCGAUUGUCCCAUAUACAGAAGAAGAAAUAAAUACCUUCAAAGAGGACAUGGCCCCUGAAAACACGAAAAAGAGUACGCCGCUUGCAAUCGUCCUGAAUCGUGGUACUUAGAAAAGUACAAAACAGAGCUGAACUUGAACAGCAUUUCUAAAACAUUUCAAGGUACUUACCUUAUGUCAAUCGCGACGUUAAACAUGUUAAACUUUCAGUGCUUUCGCUUGGACACUUGAUUUCUUUCCGUUUUGCCGCCGAAGAGGUAAAAGGUGUAAAUUAUUUUCCCUCUCGAGCAAAUGACCAAUUUGAAAAAAGACGUUCUACAUAAACGGCUUCUAAAUUCAGUAAAAUACCUCUAUUUAUCCUUACGAUUAGUGUGAAGCUUGUUUACAUGUAGAAAAGUUUGAAAACAAAUAUAAAAACAAGCACAAGGUACAAAAAAAGUUGUCGAAGGUUCAAACGUGUACGACUGACCUUGCUUCCUAUUCGCUAACGCAAUGACAGUUCUGACAGUUGACUUUGAAAUGGCUUUCUGGAGCGCGCGCUCAGGAUAAAAACAAACAAUAUUAUUGCUGUUUUCUUUUUUUUUCUUCUGAUUUUUAUUCAAUUAUGCGAUUCAAGGAAAAUUCAUUACCUGACUCGAGAAUUCCACGUUAAAUUGCACUUGAAAACCGAUAUCGCACUCAUCGCUUCGCGAUUCGUGCGAUAUCGGUUUUCGCGUGCAAUUUAACGUGGAAUUCCCUCGUCAGGUAAUGAAUUUUCCUAUAAUAUACCAUGUUCUCCAUAUAUGGUCGGUGUACGCGUCAGUUUAAAAUUGGAAGCUAGCUGAGAUUUUUUUUCGCGAAGGAUAGAACGGCGCCCGAAGCAAAUCGUUUUAAUUCAUUUCUUAGAAUACUAGAAAUACAAUUUCAACGAAAGAAAAAAGACAAAAACAAACAAAAAAGCCACAAGAGCUUAUUUGAAAGUUUGUCGAAAAACACAUGAAAACACAUGGAACUAAGGUACCUUGACCAGCUACGAAAGACGACAAGUGUUGUUUCUUCAUGAUCGCGAAGCCAUUCUCCGAUCGAGUCACUCGCCGAUAGAUAACUGCAGCUUGUUUAUCCGACAUCAAGAAUAUAAAUCACAAGUAACCAGCUACAAAUACAGGCUAUGCAGCCAUUCACUAGAGCAAUCGAGGCGGCAGUAUAGCUUUUUUUCUCGUUCAGCAAAACCAGCUUGUGGCUAAACAACUUCAUAACAAGCGACCGAGGUAAUACCGGUAGUUUUUCUCCGUUGUUCUUACUUUUAUAACUGCAUCGAAAAUCCAAAUUCAUAGUAAUUUCGACGGCUGUCACUUAAAAAUUCCUUUCCUUCACAUUAUCUGCCAGGUUUUUUAAGCUGUUCUGCUGUGUAAAAUCCUAGAAUCACGAUGAGUUUUUAAAAAACUAAUGUUCAUCGCACGAUGUUUUGAUUUUUCAUUCAUGCAGUCUAGGCGAGUCCGUUCGCGCGUUGACAGUUUUGAUAGACGUGUGACAUGUCAAUAGCGGAAGUCCCUUGUCUUUUCCGGUUUGUUCUAGUCGGGGCGAUUCAACGAGAUUUUGUGGGCGUUUUUAAUAAAACAAUUAUUCCACUCGGGCUUGUUGGAUAUGAAAUGAUUAUAGCCAACUCGGCGCUAUGCGCCUCGUUGGCUAUCUAUCAUCUCAUAUCCAACGCGCCCUCGUGGAAUAAUUGUUAAAUAUACACUCAUUGUAAAACAUAUCCAUGACAAAACCAUCCAUUAUACCUAUCAGCUUCUAUCAGCAUCUAAAAUUUAAAAAAAGUUUCUUUAAAAUGUUUCUAAAAAGAGAAAGAUUAAUUUGGGCAAGCUUUAACGUUUUCCAUCUGUAAAUCUGAGUCAACCAAGUCUAGCUGUCGUCUUCUGGAUCUUGAGCCUCUCAAGCAUGGUAUCGCUGAGCGUAUGACGGCGAAAGACACUUCAGCUCUUAUCCAGGAAAUUGCUCUUGAGUAACUUUGUCCUUUCUUAUUUGCGAUCAGCCUUGCAAGGCUGCUGUCGUACUUAACACACUCAUCCGCCAUUCCGCCUGUGGUCGUGAAAACUAGAGGAGUGAACGUUCCCUAUUCGAUCUCUUCCGCAUACUGCCUCUUCUUCUCGUUCUCGUGUUUCUUGUAGAUUUCCUUAGAAGUCAAGUCUGUGUAAGAGUCUGCAUUGGGGUAAUACACCCGAACACUGACAAAUGCAGAUCUCUGUCUCUCCCAAAAGCCUCGAGUUAGCGCCAUGAUUUAUUGUCUCCCCAGUGACAUCCUGAAGGACUGGUUCUACUUCCACUUCAUUACAGACCAUCCUUAGCAUCUCUGUUUCCAAGUCGCGCAGUUCGUUAUGGCGCUGGAUAAUGAACCCGCCGCGCUGACACACCAUUGCGUGAUCCACGCUAAAUCCAUCACCGCAUGCGCAGAUCGUGGGCGUGUCCGUUAUAUCCCAGUCGUACCGUAACUUGAUUGCAUCUCUAAAUUCCUUCUUAUUCAGGUUGUUCACUUAUUGCUUAUUGUUCGUAAGAAUGGAUCACGAAAUCCUUUUGCUCUUGGUUGAUGGAUGUUUUUUUUUUAUAAAUAAUAGCCCGAAUGAACACAGGCUUUUAUUGGUAUAUUGGAGCUAACUUGGGGAAGAUGUGCUUCCUUCAGGUCCUUCAGGGUUUAACUAAUACUUAUGCUCGAGACACGAUUUGCGAAACGAAACCGCCAAAGGAAACGAAACAAACCAAAAACGAAACCAGGCUGAUAAUUACGGCGAUUAAAUAAGCAUAAUAGUUAUUACGGUCUUCUUCAUCCAUCGAGCGUUGAAAGUCGCUCACGCCUGGAAAACACUUCAAAGUCUACCCACAAUUUUUCGCAGACCAUACCGAUGUUUUUCAUUCGCCUUAAAGUACUUUUAUCCUUGUCCGAUCCUCACAAAUUUUCCCCAGUGAUUAACCAUGAAUUAAAGUUUGUCAAAAUGCAGUUUCUAGUAAAAUCCGAAUUUCGUGCGAUCUAGACCUGCUACUGAAAAUCCGACACCAGGAACUUAAAGUGUGGUAUUUAGCAAAUAACCUCCGUGAGAAGUAAAAAAUUCUAUAUGUUUGAAUUCAAAUAAAACGUAAAUAUAUUUCAAACCUUAUAUUUUUCAAUAGCCGUGAUAAAUUGUUUAAUUAAAAAGUUCUAAAUAACUCAAAUUAAUCUUAAGUAGCGUCAGAAGGCUGCUUAAUAUCAUAUUUUGAUGCAGGGAAAUUUUGGUUUAUUUCCUUUCUUGCGAUCCUGAAAACUAACCUGUUUCUCACCACCUGUCUGAGUGCAACUUUAUUCUAAAUUGUGGCUUUUAGCGCUUUUCGGUAUAUCUCUAAAACGGCUCGACAGAAUUCUUUUUAAACCUUAUCACAUAAUCUUCAUGAUGUAUAUAAUAAUAUCUAAAACUUUCAUUAAGAUUGAUUCACUGCAACACCUUGAAAUUUCAAGACGAAUCUAGCCUACGAACCGACCAAAAAUCCGCGUUACAACAUUCACUGUUUUGACGUUAUGCUAAUUUUUCCAUCGAUUUCCAAAUUAAUGCCCACAAUACAUACCUUCAUGGCUAGAAUAUUUCAAUGUGAGCAUUGACAAAAUGUUUUACAUUCAAAAUAUGCAAUGAAAGUCAUACUAAAAUGUACUAGCCAUGGAGGUAUGGUCUCCGAGAAACUGUAUCGAAACACCUUUUAAAGAGAAGCCUUGGAAGAGAAUAAUCAUCAUGACCACCAACUUUAACAUCUCUGAAUCAUUUGGGGCUUUUUGUUUACAGGUAUAUUUUCAUUUAAUAUAGUUUUUUUGCGCAGAAUUUUUUGAUGCUACGUUUGUGAACGUUUUUCAGGGGCACCUAACGACGGUUUCCUCCUAAUACAUUGAAACAGUUUUUAGGCUAUCCAGAGUACUGUUGGAUCACUACGAAUGUAUUCUAAGCGGGACUAUAAAGUUUGGACCUGCUCUCGUCCCCACUUUCUCGAUGAACUUGCGCAAAAACGCUUGCUACGCAGGCUAGGACCUGUUCGGUCAUCCUUGGGGUAUCCGGAAAAAUAAGACCUAAGACUUAAAGACUCGAAAAACUAAGCCUUGGAAACUGAGAGCAAUGAGUAUGACUUCCCGUCAUUUAGUGCGAGAUGAAUCGGGCGAAAAGUCCGAUCGAAUGCGGCCUGCGUUUCUAGGCUACAAAAACGUUCCACAAACGUAACGUCAAACAAAUUCUGUGAAAACCUAUGCUAAAUGAAAAAAUGCCUGUCAACAAAUACCCCGAAAUAAUUCAAACUUGUCAAAGGUGGGGGUCAUGAUGUGUAUUCUCUUCCCGGGAUUCAUUUAAGAUCCAAAACUGUGGGUAUUAGACUUUGAAGUAUUGUCCGGGUGUGAGCGACUAUGAAGAAGACCGCAGUAAUCAUUAUGCUUAUUUAACUGCCGUAACUAUCAGCCUGGUGAUGUUUUUGUUUUUGUUUUUUUCGUUUUCGUUUUGUUUCGUUUCGAUUUAGCGGUCUCGUUUCAUUUCGCAAAUCUCGUUUCGUUUCGUUUUGUUUUGGUUUCGUUUCGCAAAGUACAGUAAGCAUUCAACUAUAUCGCUCCCAACAUAAGCUUGUAUCAAGUUACCAUACUGACAGUAGUGGGAGGUAUAUACUCUCUUUCUUCGGGUCUUAAAUUAUGUUAAUUCAUAAUAUUCAAACAGUGUUACUGUAUAUUUUUCAUUUUACUGCAGGUUUGUAAUUUCUUACGUACAUGAGGAGUGGGAGAGGACGUUUUUGAUAAUUUUGAAUAUGAAAAGGUAAGUUUGUAAGCUGGUUAUAAGAGGCAAACUAUAACCUUAAGGUGGAAGUUCAUGUUUUUGGACUUUGAAGGAACCAGAAGCCAGGUUAGCUUGAGUAAAACAAACAGACUGUAGCUGUUUCUUAAUUUGCAAGGCUUUAAAAAAAUAACAAUAGCUGCAAACAGAAAAUUCACAAAUUUAAGUAGAAUGGGCAUUAUACCAGUACUGCAAAAGUGUCUUGACUACUAGUCCACAAACAUAUCUAGAUUUGUCAUUGAUUAAUGUGUUUGGUAAAUUUAUUAAUGCCUGCAUGGUCACUACAUCGUAUAUACUGCCGGGUAAUAAUAUGUGUGCUUUCCUUUGGCAAAACUGAUAUAGAUUGUGUAUGAACUCAUUAAUUGCUGAAUUGUCCGAACUCAUUAAUUCCUGUGAUUUACCCAUUUUUCAGCAGUUUUCCAAACUAUACACAAACGUACUUAUCGACCGAAGUUUUCAUGCUAAAGAACAAUUUCACUACUUACUGCAUCAUUCAAGAAAAAUCAACUAAAUUUUCAGUGAUUUUGAUAUAAGUCACAUGUAUGUAUUCGAUUCAUGCGUGUUGAUUUUAUACAAAUCGAUAGUUUCUAUUUUUCUAUUUAUUCAACAGGCAUGAUCUGUAACAUGUAAAAGAUGAAACGGGAUCUAUGACGUCAAAAAAUUAUUUUGUAGAAAACAACAGAACGACUAGUGUCAUGAUCUCAAAAGAUCGUGUGAAUUAUGAGGAAUUACUGGAAAAUACAUAGAUUUUUUUCCCGAGUUUCGUAUGUUCAUAUGCAAAUGUCGAUCAGGAUCAGUGUUCAUGGAAGCAUUUGGGCAUAAUUAGUGUUAAAUGAACUGAAUACUGAUCAAGUGGCCAAAAAGAGAGAGGUGAGUUUUUCUAAAUUCGACGUUAUUAUUCGAUGUUAUUAGGAUACAAGAGCGCCUCUUUCCUCUUUUGUAAGGAAGGCGACUGAAAAUUGUGGCUGAGAAUGAUAUUUUGAUGUUGGGGCUUGUUGCAAUUACUUUGAGUAUGAGAUAAAUGGAUAACUUAAGGACUGUGACUCAUAACAUCAUAUAACUCAUCUUCCUUUUUUACACAUUUUUGACAUCUCUCGUUUGAAAAUUCACGCGCUUUGACAAUAUAUCAGACUCGCCGAAAAGCGUUGCCGGCCAUUGCGUCCAAUAGAAGGUGGAAUAUGCAACCGUAAAUGAGGGUAAAUCUGUUAAAGAAUAUCUGUAGACAACAGUAUCGAGAGUGAUUAUUUGUUUUGUCGGAAGCCCUUUCACGAUAACCUAGACCAUCCAGAAUUAUUGUACCACAUGAAAACGAUAAGUUAAUCAGAACAGACAGCGAACAGCUUUUAAGGGCCUGUUUGCAAGGAGAGAGGCGUAGGAUUACCUUUGUGCUAGGGUUACCCUUGCAAGCGGGUUAAAGUUUAAUAGCUCUGGUUUACAAGCUUAUACUACUACAUGAGAAAUUUCUGCAAUUUGAUUGGCUUAGAGCGGUGAUAUUUCUGCUUAAUUAGAAAUACCCACAUGUGAAAAUUACAAACCUUUUGCAGGUAGUAGUAUAAACAAAUAAUAGCAUGAUUUGUACGUCAUAUCUGGCAUAAAUACCACUUGUGAUAUUUCAUAAUUGUCUCAAAUGGCUUGUGAAAUUACGUAUAACAAUUUUGAAAUAUCACUCGUAGUAUUUGUGCCAAAUAUCACUACAAAUCAUGCUAUUACCUAUACUUAUACCAUUACAUGAGAAAUUUCUGCAAUUUGAUUGACUUAGAGCAGUGGUAUUUCAGCUUAUUUUGAAAUACCUACAUGUGAGUUUGAACACAUGAAAAUAAAAACAAUGGAUUGUUAUUGCUGUGGGAGACUAGGUAGUACACAUACAUGACUCGUAAAACGUUUGACUGGAAACGUAGACGGUGCUUCAGAGAUCAAAAUUCUGUCAAACCAAUAACCAUAGGAAAUCGAUGCACAGGAAACUGAGUGAUUUUCAUCGAUUGAUAACAGCAAUCGGUAAAAUCGAUAAAAUAAAUUGCUGUGUCAAAUCGAUGUUAUCGAUUUUUCCUGAUUUUAACGAUUUAUAAAAGAGAUCCGCCAUUGUUGUUUUUUGGCAUAAGUUGGAUGCUACGAGUAACAACUGAUCAAAAAAACAUGAAAAUGAGAAAUGUGAAACCUAUUACAAACACAGUUUUCUCUCAAAAACCCCUCAUUUUGUUCCUUAUAACAGAAACGGUGCCGUUUAAUUACAUUCAGAUUCCAGAAAAGCAUCACUAGAAAUACAGACAACCCAUCGAAUGUAAAUUCAGGCUAUACGAUUUGGCUAGAUAGACUUUCACCAUUUUCUGUUAUCAAUCAAUAAAAACCACCUAACGAUUUUUUAUCGAUUUCGAUUUUUAUCGAUUGACUACUCCGGGAUGUAACUCAGUACACCCGGAACUACACUGACGAUAUUUUAAGAAGGUGGCAGAUCUGGAUAUCAGAAAAAGUUUUAAAAAACCUGGUUUAAAGAAAAGAUGACUUUUUGAAAUGAUUUUUUUUAAAACUGAUAAUUGUUUGAUCCUUCGACUCUCAACUGCAACUAACUUGUCAACAAAUUUACUUUUUGCUUGUAUUCAGUUUUCUUUUUUUGAUGAACAGAUGUAUCUUCCGAUAUAAAUCAGGAAAAUCGGUAAAAAUCAAGAUAAACCGAUAAACGAAACGAAUGUGUCAUCGAUUUCUAUCGAUUGAUCGAUACAAUCGAUAUAAAACAAAUAAGAUUUACCAAUUUUUAUCGAUUGACUACUCCGGGUACAAGAGUCCAGAGUCGUGUUGUUCUGUCAACAAGUUUUCAACUGUCAGAAGAAAACAAACUAAAUUAUGCAAAUGUAUACCGGAAUACGGUUAAGGACGCCGAUUCACAGACGUACUCUCUCACCGACUUUUUUUGCGGGAGGGUGGAAGGGGCGUCUGUACACGAUGGGCGGAGACACAGAAAUCACUCAAUCACGCACGAAUUUAAUAGUACAGAUACAAACAAAAAACAAAAACUCUGGACCACAUUGAGAACAACUGUAAGGUCUAGGAUGCUAAGUCACUAAACCUUGAUGUGAAGUAAAUGAAGUAGGUAAUUCAUUUUUUCAUUUUUGAUCUGCGGUUGUAGAUGAAAGUGAAGAAUGAUCAUCGCAGUAAAUUUUCGAAUUUAAGCAAUUGGAAAGAGGAAGCCUGAAAAAAAAUCAGGGCUUCAACGGGAUUCAAACCCGUGACCUCCGCGUUGCCGGUGCGUUGCUCUACCAACUGAGCUAUGAAGCCACACAUUGGGAGCGAGGUCAAUUUAUUGAGUUCAUAUCUGCCGUGAGGAGUGAAAUGAUGUGAAGUAUAUGAAAUAAUUCAUUUUUGAACUGCGGUUGUAGAUGAAAGUGAAGAAUGAUCAUCGCAGUAAACCUUGCUCUAGUAAGUAAUUUGCCCAGUUCUCUACUUCUCUCAAGUUGGUUUUUGAAGCUCCCGGUAAAGCUUUGCGUUCUCGAAGCUUCGCGGCUUACUUGCCCCCUCGCCAAUGAGACUAUGAGAUGAACUCGUGUGUGAAAUUCUCAAAGUUCCUGUUUUCGUCGGACGGGUCUUCUUCUUCCCUAUCCGAAGUUUAGUCCAAAAGGCAUAUGUUGCUUGCAGUAUAAACAAGAACAGAAUCAAUCUUUAAACAGACUCUACGAAACAUGUUUUAUGGAUCACGCAACGCCCUCUGGGUUGCUAGGUUGAUAAUUGAUAAUGUUCAGUGCUUCCUUGAGGCAGUCCAGUUAAUUAUCAGACAUUUUAAACUUGGAGAAAAUUCUGCUCCGCAGAAAAAAAAAUUCAAUCAUUCUCAUUCCUCCGCGGUCAAAAGAUCAUAAUUGAUUUCUAUCAGCUUAAAAAUUGUUGAUCCGGGUACGUCACAAAAUUUUUUUCAUUUGAGAGAGUUGUGGUCCUCCUCAUCAUACGUUAGUUAUCAAGUUCUAUUACUGUGUUUAAAGACUGCUCAGUACCCAUUUUACAGUCCAUUUUACAAAAGUCAAAUAACUGCUGAUGAUAGGACAUGACAAACAUAAUUUUAAAUAAACUAUAACAAGAUCCAUCUAAAAUAGCAAAAACCUUUCAAACCGAUUAAACUACCAAAAUAUCACAUGAACUUAUCUUGAUGAGAUUCCCCCGCGUUUAUUAAUGAGAUAAAGACAAAAGGUUAUUGUAAGCGCCAGGAAUGUUUUCCGUCACCUUUAUAGUAUUUUUAUGUUCGCCGCGUUCUUAGUUAUUUUCGUGUUCGCGACUUUAGUGCUGUUGUUUGUGCGCUUGGUCCAGUUUACAGUUUAAUGUUUGGGUUUUUGCUCGUCCUAGUUUUUCGUCCUUAUCUCGCUAUCGUCUUGUAAGUAUCUCGUUUGUUUCAUUCGCAUUUCCAGUUUGCCUUAUUGCUUUCGUUCAGUUUGUAGGUUGUUUUAUCUUGACUUUGUAUUUGUUUAAUUGUUAUUUUUCAGUACCGUUAUACUUCACAUCGGUUCACUUGUUUCCCUUCACCAGUUGUAGAAGUUCUAGAAUAAAGUUUGUGUGAUAAAAACUAUAGCGCGUAAAGGCUGCGACUAUAGUUAUGACGUCAUCGGUGUUAUUACUGCAAUACUGUAUGUACUUCUAUGGUUCUGCAAAUAAAGCUUUUUGUAGUUGUUGUAUUCCACACAAAAUUUAAGUAAAUCCACAGGUUAAUUCCUAUACCACUACUGGCUCGUUACAAUCCGGAAACAGUUUUUUUUUAUGUAGUGGUUACGUCAAGGUGCUUUAACGUAAACGUUCAUGCAAGUUUCCACAUCCUGGAUAAUUUUAUCUAUUUUAAAUUAAAUUUAAUAACGUGAAUACUAACCAAAAUCAGCAACAGAUAGAAAGGUUUGAAUUCUUCUUGAUUCCAGAACAGACCGUGGAUAAUCAAUGGUGUCAUUUUAGUUCAACGGGUAGAAUUGUAUUAAGUUUUAAAAUUCCAAGGGCCAAAUAUUUAAACAAGGUCUAACUUAAGCCGCGGUUUAACGAAUCUUUGAACCUCCAGAUCUCUCCUUUGGUGGGUUGUUUUAAGAAGAUAAAUGCUUUUCUAGUCUUCUCUAUGUGCUUUCAUAAAACUGUUCACAAUAAAGGAGGUGUAGAUAAAAUCGGCGGGCAAAUUGAAAAUGACUUAGAACGCGGUUUUGUUAAACACUGGCUAAACUACGUUUAAAUAUUUGGGCCUAUGUUCUUGCUUCUUGUUUGCACAAGAAACAAAAUCUAAUGGGUUUCUGAUAAGUGCAAUAAAGUUAAAUUCAUAUAUUUUUAAGUUGCAGAUUUAACAUGAGAAUUUCAAAUUGUCAAGUCCUGUUCCUAGCGAUUUUCAUUUUCUUUUUAUGUUUGUUACUUCUGCAAGGUUGGUAAAAAAAACUUGUCCCUCCCAUAAGAAGUCAUAUUUUCUGUACUUUAAUGAACGCAGAAGAUAAAUAAGCUGGAAAGAACGUAAUUUUUCCGUCGACAAUCCGGUUUUAUUAACUUUGUUGAUAAAGUAAAUUGGUCUCCACCGAGAGAUUGAGAAGCCCGUUACACCUGCGAAGCGCCGCCAGUCCUGCUUCGUCCGGGCAAUUUGCUCUGACGUUGGGCUGUCCCUCGGAGCGUCAGCUUAGUCAGUCUCUCAGCGAUGGCUAAUUUACUUUAUCAAAUGUCCCUCCCUUUUCCACACUACCAACACCACCAACACAGCAUCGCGGUUUCUGUAAAAAUUAACCUUUUUAAAGGCCGUUUCUUCUUCCUUGCCGUCCUUAAAACCAUUUAUAGAACUCUCAAAGGCAAAACAAAGAAAGUAAUCAUUGAAUGGUACGUAACUGGAUUGGAACACUAACCGAGUACAAGCCAUGUUUUCAGUGUUAAUAGGACAAUUUAAUUGGAAAGUAGACUUCAUGCCAAAUAAGCCGUGGAAAGUUCAUGACGGGCGCAGCACGUGUGCGACAAUAGCACAGCUGCGCUUCAAAAUGAGUCCUUCUGUCACUCGUAUUAUUAAACUAGGGAACGAAUUAUCCUUUCAAUAAACAAAUCACCUAUCACCGUGUUUUCUCAUAUUAUUGUGUUAUGAUUAUCCUCUUUUGAUAGUGUAUAUUUUACUUGUCUUAAUACAUUUUAGCUCCUCACUUGAGAAUUAUCAAACGAGAAGCAUUUGCUUUUGUGGCUACAGAUGACAAAUAUGCCGAGCGAGCCCUGGUAGCAGCUUUAUCUUUGAAAAAAGUGCAAACAACUAAGCCAAUGGUCCUUAUCUGUACUCCGGGGGUAGUCUCUAUUUCAAGGUGAGGUUUCUAGGAUUGGCCUUCACUUGGAGGGGAAAUUUGACUCUUCAGUUCAUAACAGUGAGAAACAGUAAGCUUCAGUCACGAAAAAAAAAAUUGAGCUCAGUGAGAAUCUUCACGUUUUUAUCCCUAUUACACGCGUCACGUUGUGGUACGUUACAUCUUGGAAGCAUUGAAGCUGAAAUCCGGAGGGUACUGCUGACAAUUCUUGGUGGUAUUGUGCUGCCCGGUACUCCAAAUAAAAAAAUACCAGUUCACAAACCCGUUUUCAGACCAAAAAAACAGGGGUUACAAACGCGACAUACAUCUUUGCACAGGAAGCAGAAAUUAUUUAGAUUAGAACGUCAACAGAAAUCCAUUUUGAAUUCGCAUGUUACUCUUUGAAGCGACAAAUACCUUCGAAACCCGUAUCCGAUUCCAGUUAACAAAUACAUUUCAUGUUGCCGUACGUCUGUUCGGUAACAGAUCACAGAUGACGUCAAAAUGUGUUAAAAACAAAGAAGUGGCACACGAGCCGCAGGCAGACUGAUGUUUUUACCACAUUUUGACGUCCUCUGUGAUCUAUUACUAAACAGACCCAAGGCAACAUGGAAUCUAUUUGUUUUAUACAAUGAUCAGAAACGAAAAACGACCGAUACACAUACCUGCCUCGUACUGCUUGACUUUUCGAGGAUUUGUGCUAGUUUAGGAAUUUUUAAAGUCCCUAGCGCUACUUUUCGUCUCUGCUUUUUCUUUAUUUUACUUGUAUACAGUUUCUUCGAAACGUUUUUCAACGUCUUUUGUUGCACAAAGCAGAAUAAUGGCAAAAACAUUUUGCAAAACAGCGAGUCUCCCGUGGCGAUGACACACGAUGGCAACUGUAGGGAAGAUUUUUUUGUGGUUUAGGCAUUCUCAAAUAGUCAAGAGCUUUUUUUGUCUCCGUUUCUCCAUUUUUCUUCUUUGUAAAUAGCUCCUGCUAAACUUUUUUGGAGGCUUUUACUUGCCUUAAUCCGAAAUAAUCUCACAAACAUUUUCAAAACCGCGCGCCAUGUUGAACAACAACAACAACAAAACAAGUUUCCCGUGACGACAUCCAUGUAUCUAUACUCUAAUAGAUCAUGGGCAACGACCAAUCACAGCGCGCGUAGCAUUUACGUCAUUGUAUAAACAAAAAUGAGUAAUGUCUACAUACUUAUAUGGCUAAUAUACGGGAGUAGCCCACCCCCCCCCAGCGCUGAAAAAAAUUGAAGUAAAUUUUUUAAUCCCAGGUUUAAAAAUUUUGGUGUCUUUGACGAAAUUGUGAUGAGACCUGAGCUGAACAUACCUCAAAAUGACCAGAAUCCAAACCUUUUAUUGAGACCUUGGAUUACAAAAACGUUUACAAAACUCAACAUCUGGACUCUGACAUCUUACACCAAGAUAGUCUACCUGGACACUGAUGUCUUGGUUCUGAAGAAUAUCGACGAUCUAUUUCAACGUGAUGAGCUUUCAGCUGGGCCUGAAGAUUUGUGGCCAGACGUCUUUAAUAGUGGAGUUCUGGUGAUAGAACCAUCGAUGGCUACAUUUACGAGGCUAAUAAAGGAAGCAAAGUCAAAGCCAAGCUGGGAUGGUAUGAUUUAAGAAUCAUCGUUUCUUGACUAAUCCUCUAGCUUGGGGACUUUACCUUGUGUAAGCUGAUAACUCUCUCCAAUUAAAUUACCGUAAAUGACCUAUUAAACGCCCACUUCCAAAUAAACGCCUCUUAUCCAUGAUCAACACCCCCUCUAGGCUGUUAAAAUUCUAUUAGAUGCCGCUUUCUAAUAACUCCCCCCCCCGUCCAGUAGAUUCCCCCUACUCCAAAACACUAGGAAUUAGCAAAAAGAAGCAAAAUCAUUCAAUUCAUUCAAUUCCUUGCUUGACUAAUAAGGCUUUGAGAAUUUCAUCAUUUUCAAUGUCAAGUUUAAGUAGUAUAGGAGGGAUGUUUUAGGCCCCUUUUUUGAGCAGGAAUCUCAUAAGCUUGAGCAGGAAUACAUUAACGCCGAUGACGUCAUAGGCUAUUGUCCUCAUCUCAUGAAUAAAAUGCGGUGGAUUUAAUUAAGUAUACUGGUUUGACCGGUUUGUCAGGUUCUAUUUUUAGCCUGGUUGAUAUAACUGGUUUAUUUUUGUUUUAUGACAUAACCUAUUGUCUUGAACUCAUGAAUAAAAUGCGGUGGAAUAAAUUAGCGUCUAUGUCGUAAUACUCUAUUGUCUUGUACUCAUGAAUAAAAUGAAGGGGAAUAAAUUAGUACCUAUGUCGUAAUAACCUAUUGUCUCGAACUCAUGAAUAAAAUGCGGAUUUGUUUUCCCUCCUCCUCCUCAUUUUGAUUGUUUUCCCCCCUCCUCCACCUCCUCCUCCUCAUUUCUAUUGUUUUCCCUCCACUACCACCGCCACCACAUUUCUAUAGUUUUCCCUCCACCACCACCACCACCACCGCCACCAAAUUUCUAUUGUUUUCCCUCCACCACCACCACCACCGGGAGGGAUGUUUUACGCCGGUUUUUUGCGCAGGAAUCUCAUUAGCGUGCGCAGGAAUAAAUUAACUAGGUGAAGUCAUAUGUUAUUGUCCUAAUCUCAUGAAUAAAAUGCUGUGGUAUCUCAUAAAGAUAAGGUCAUGUGCUAUUUUUAGAUGGAUGAUGUCAUGGUUGGUAUAACCGGUUUGACAGGUUUUAGUUAUUUUCGGAAGAUGAUGUCAUAUGUAUUCCGGGGUACUAUGAUGUCAUAGUUGUUUUGAUUGGUUGACCGGAAUUUGAAAGACGCUCAUUGGCUGUCUCGUUUGACGAAGCAUUCUAAACUUGUCUGUGACUUAAAAUCACGGAGGCGUAAUGUAAUUAUGCAAGUCCUAUUUCCUGCUGCUGUGAUUGUCCUAGUUCCGGUUCACUGACUUUUGGCGGGCAAAUCGUGCAUAUUAAUGAGGGCAAAGACAAACUAGCUCUUUUAGUGCGAAAUACAAUGUUUUACUUACCUCUCUCCCUUUUCAAUUUUAUCUCUCUCCUCAAUCCCUUCUCCACAAUUUUAUUAUUUUCCCUCCUCAAUGUUUUUAUUCUCUCCUCGACAAUUGUUAUUAUUUUCCCUCCUCCUCCUCCUCCUCAUUUUUAAUGUUUUCCCUCCUCCUCCUCCUCUCCUCCUCCUCCUCAUAGUUAUUGUUUUUCCUCCUCCUCCCAUUUUCAUUGUUUUUCCUCCUCCUCCUCCUCCUCCUCCUCCUCCUCCUCCACCUCCUCAUUUUUAUCGUUUUCCUCGAAAAGGCCAAGAGGCUAAAAUCAGACCAUCACAUUUGAGUUUGGCCAUAUAGGCCUGAUGUUAGCCUCUUGGCCUUUUCGAGGAAAUACGAUAAAAAUGAGGAGGUGGAGGAGGAGGAGGGAAAACGAUAAAAAUGAAACGAGACAGCCAAUGAGCGUCUUUCAAAUAGAGUAUUACGACAUAGACGCUAAUUUAUUCCACCGCAUUUUAUUCAUGAGUUCAAGACAAUAGGUUAUGUCAUAAAACAAAAAUAAACCAGUUAUAUCAACCAGGCUAAAAAUAGAACCUGACAAACCGGUCAAACCAGUAUACUUAAUUAAAUCCACCGCAUCUUAUUCAUGAGAUGAGGACAAUAGCCUAUGACGUCAUCGGCGUUAAUGUAUUCCUGCUCACGCUCAUGAGAUUCCUAUACUACUAGUUUAAAGUAAAGAUAGACUAACGAUGGCAACACAAUAACAAUACAGUAACAAUGGGUUAGGGAACAGACAUGGAUGUUGGCCAGAUUUGAAAGAGCGACAUGGAUCUCUAGACGGCCUAGUAGUAUCAAUUGAUGGGGUGGACCUUGAUAUUUUCGCCGAAAGCAGAUUAGUUUUGUUGAGCUUGUUACAGUUGUGGCAAUAAAGGCCCCUCUCUUUUCAAGGCUUCCUAUCUAUUAAAUGCCCCCUCCUGGACCCCUAAAAUUAAAAAGACGCCCCGGGGGUUUAUUAGGUCAUAAACCCGGUGAACUCAUUUGUGAACACAGACAGGAGCUCAUAACCCGGAGCGUCUAACUUCCAUACUGCGCCUAUGCAACGGCGUUUUCACAAGUAGGUUUAUUUUUAGAUAAGCUUUUCCCGCGAAUUGCUUUCGAAAAGCCAAUCACUAGCAAUUGCGUCAUCAAUGAUAAACUUUUAAUACGUAACUAGAACAACUCCUUCACACUGAAAAAAAACAUAGAGGACGCAGGUGAGGAAUCUUCAGAGGAGUCUUCUUACAGUACUUCAAACGACAAUUUCAGUAUUUACACGGAAACUAGCAGUUCAGAAGAAGAUUUGCAAAACCUAGCCAGGACGUCUACUUCAUCGACGACAACGCAUAAUUCACGCAAAUGGAAUUAAAUCGAAAGCAUCUUCGAAAUAGCCGACUGUGAAAAGGUCCAAGCGAGCUACUAACAGUGUAAACGGCGAUCAAAUGCAGGAAUUGACCUCGUGGAACAGUUAUUUACCGCGGGAAAAGCUUAUCUAAAAAUAAACUCACUUGUAAAAACGCCGUUGCACGAAUUUAUGGCAGUUGAACGCUCCGGGUUAUGGGCUCCUGACACAGAACGGUAUACAAGCGCAACAGUUCAACAAGCAGCCAUGCGUAAUUCUUCCGGUAAACUACUUUUCAAAAUCCCCCUCGUGGACUUGGGAGGGAAAAUUCCCCAACAGGGGUAUAGAUGGUAUAAAGUUUUCGCUACUCUACGAGGAUCGAGAAAUAUCUACGGCCUUCUGUUGGUCUAGCUUCGGUUCGCGUGGCAGCCGCUCUUUUAGCGCAGUAUUUUCAGUGGACAAUACUAUUUUGUAUCUGAUCAUGUUAUCUGGUUUAGCAAAUUCGCAAGACAGAGAAAGUGUUCGUAGCUGAGUUGAGAAUUCGUCAAAUGUUUGGCCCGAGGUCUUCGAGUGAUCCCAGAACUGAUAUCCCGAUACUGCUCUCUCCAACUUAGUCCACAUUAGAUCGAAGUCGUAUCCUCACCUUCGAACCAAUCUAAACUAUCGUAAAUCUUUUAACCUUCAGGUCCGAGCCAGUCUUGUACCAGUAAGCAUUUUCAUUCGUUGAGAUGUUAACAAGGCUUCCUUUGAAGAUGUAACCACACUCUUUCUUAAAGGCUCUUAGUGCCUCCGGGCGAUUUUCAAGGCGAGGGUUGAACUUCGGUCUUUAAAAUUUCGUUAUGUUUCCAGUAAAAAAAUCCUGAGUUUUGAGCUGGGGCAGCUGCGGCAGCUUCGGCACCUUCUUCCGACAUGUUUUACAGCAAAAGCAGAAGACAGAAAUUAUCGGAUUUUCUCCUCUAGAGAGUCCCGAAAACACAGAGAAAAUCCAAAGAAUCAAACAGAUUUUACCACGAUCCAGUCGAUUGUAGUUUUGGCGCGAAGAUGUUUGAUCAGUAUUUUCGGAUCAGAUUUCCCCAAUUUCUCCACUUUAAGACUCCAAACACGUCCCACAGCUGUCCGAGAGACUUCAAGCAGCAGUUUCGUGGCUCUUUACAUCCCUGGUACCAUGUUAUAUUAAAGAUGUCGGAUCAGAGACAACACAGCAGAUGUUCACCAACACAGCAUUAUUCCGAACAACAUGUCUUCCCUCUCCUUUUCCGUUCGUGCACAAUGUCGAGAUACCACAGGCAUACCACCCUCUAACAGCAAUUUGCUGGUAAGGAAUGUAAAGUCAAAACCGGAGUGUGUAAAACUUCUUUUGUUUCUAGGUACCGAUCAAGGAUUGUUAAAUGAUGUUUAUGGUAACUCUUGGCGCACUGUCCCGAUUAGGCGUCUUCCUUAUACUUACAAUAUGGCAUAUUCAACAUUCAAAAUUUAUCGAAGUGCAUAUGACAGGUAUGACAUCAGAUUGUAGGUGACUACUUUCUUUUCCCAGUAGGCAUAGCAUUUUGUAACGUCCUUUUCACGAUGAACCAAACAUGUCUUCUCCCUACUACUCUGAGUACCAGUGUUUUUUUUUUUUUUUUUUUUCGCUUGCUAUGAUUUGUAUCGUUGGAGAUACUUCGGGGUCGGCUACAGGCCGAUCCAUCUUCGAAGUGGAAAGAAAAGAAUCGACUAAAACCAGAAACCGCACAUGAAAGUUUCUGGCUCUAACGGUAACUCCCCUCCCCCUCCUUUCGGUAACCGAAACACAGUACCGUUACUUCUCGGUUUUUGUUCACAAGGCUCUUUCUUGCCUCUAUAGUUACUCUCUCGCCCAGGGUGCAAAGCGUCGAAAAUAUAAAAUUUUAGUUUCUGGGAUUUAUAGUAGAGAGUUUAAGCAUCAGGUAAAAGGCAAACGGCAAACGUUAGAUUCAAGUUGAGAAUUUCUCAAAAUAGAACAUAAGUAAUAAAAACAGCUCAAAACAAUUCUUAUGGAUAAAAAACUACGUGAAACUACUAAUUUAUGUGUUGAAAUAAUGGACAGUAACCGAAAAGUAAAGGGGAAACUUGGUCACGUGGUACAAAUUCGCGUUUGCUGUUAGACGUAAACGUAAUGCUUAACCUCUCUAGUAACACUUACUUUUCACUUCAUAAGUAAAGGUAAAAAAUCAGUCCUCGUGAGAUUCACAAUCGCUUGGCGUUUUUCCUGUCCCUUUCGUUGCCUUUAAAUUAAAAGGGAACGUGUUUUAUAUAUAUAUUUUUUUCUUCUAGAUAUAAGGAUGAAGUUAAAGUUGUUCAUUUUCUCGGAACACUAGAGAGAAAACCUUGGGAAUUCAUAUUUAAUGAAUCCACAAAUCAACUGGAGCCCGAAGCAGAUGUUUAUGUAAAGAAGUGGUGGAAACUUCACCAAUCGUUAUCGAAUGGCUAAACUGCAAAGCAGAUAAUAUAUAUUCUAAUUUUAUUAUUUCAGCUGUUUUAAACCUUUCGCCAGACUAAGUUAAAGAAAAUCUUAGGCGGAGAAUUAAGAUUUGAUUACGACCAUUGAGAACGUAGCCUGAAAUUCAUCCGAUUGCUUCGAGUCAUUUUCUCCUCUCAACAACGUCUGAAUCGACCGGCCGUUAAUGCCGUCCAGUGACGUCACUCACUACCCGAAAACCGGGUAGUGAUUUUGAUUGGUUGAUUGUUCAAACAUUCGCAUAAUUAUGAAUAAAUAAUUAUUUGAUAUUCAAAAAUUCGUUCGGUUUGUUCAAACAUUUUCUAAGCUUAAUCUUUAUCUUGUCAUUUGAAAUGAAACGCUAAAUUUGCGAAUGAAGAAUCUUAUACAUGCCCGAGAUGUAGGCGUGAGAUUUUUAUCGUUGGGUUUUUUGAAAACGACACGAACGAAGAUUCCCGAAGAAGUCCGAAGUCUUUCGAAGACGUCCGAAGACGUCCGAAGUCUGCCGAAGGCUUUCGAGAAAAUCUUAUCCACAAAACAGAGAAUUUAUUCAUUUUACACCCAUUGGUCUGAGUUAACAUAUUUUUGGAAACAGCAAACGGCAACAACUCACAUUUUUCAAUCAGGCGUGAGAAUUGAACGAAGUUUUCAACCCGCAGGCGUGAGAGUUGGCAGGUAUAGAAUCUGAAGAAUCAUCGCGGAGAGUCGGUAGGUUUUUCAUUCAGAGCCGCUUUGUGGUUUCGGCGGCCGGUGAUUUUGUUUACGUGAAGUUUUCUGAGAUCAAUGUUAUAAUUCGACCUUCUUGCUAUUUUACCGUCAAGUGUGAUGAUUCUGUUAGCUUUUUCUUUUCUUGUUGUCUCCUUUUUUUUUCUUCGUUAAGGACCAAAUAGCUUCUUUUCAAUUAAAGCAAAGCAUUGUGUUUUUGAACUAAGUGUUCCGUGUGUGUGCUUAUUUCAUUGCGUGAUUGCGACCGAGUUUGUUUUUCGAAUUUAGUACAACCGGUUCAGAGUUGUACCGCAUGCAGUUGAUAGUUUGAACGUUAAACAUGAAUUACAAUCGAAAAAAAUAAAGCAGUUCUGUAUCAUGCAGACAUUUCCAAACGAUAUUUCUCGGUUUGCCACUUGAAAAUCGUGUUUUGCUUUUUGCACGAAUUAAAGCAAAGGUCAAGGAGUAGUGACGUCACUGGACGGCAUUAACGGCCGGUCGAUUCAGACGUUACUGAGGGAGUAAUAACGACUCGAAGUAAUCGGAUAAAAUUCAGGCUAUUGAGAACCAGGCUCUCGUGUUUUCAGUGAAAAACAACAACAAAAUUAACAAACUUUGUACACCCUUGCACGGAGAAAUACUUACGAGCCUUUAUGGGCCAUCUUUUUUCGUAUCACAGGGGAACGAGGUUGAUGCAUUAUUCAAGGAGCUUGUUCAUAAUUUCUCUGGUUUCCCCCUUUACUCUGAAGGGAAACAAAUUUCUUGAAACUAUGUGGAAAACAUUUUCGUCUUUUAAAAGCGUAGUAAUUGGCGAUGAUCAUGCGGGAUGCCAAAAGCUAAGGCGAUAGAGUCACAAAUCAGUUUGUAAAACUAUUCUUUGUUUGUUUUGCUAAAUUAGAGUAAUUUCUAAAUGGUUUUGAAAUUUUCACAGAGGAAAAACCUUUCUAUGCAUUACAGAGUAUUCUCUCACUUUUCAAUCUUGAAAUCAUUUUAACUUUGAUAACAUGUUUUAAGGGACAUAAGUUGAGAUCAGGCGUAAUUUUCACGGGUAUUGGGAUAAGGAAUCUUAACCAACUGAAACACAUAUAUACACAUUGUUGGAAGUAGGGACGAGUUAAAAGAAACUUAAGUCCGCUUAGUUCUUCAGGUGGUAACGUCCUUAUAAAAGUAUAACCGAUCUGAUUUAUUGUGUUUGGGCAGCCAUUUUUAGCGCGUGCCGGUAGAAGAUGGUGAAGAGAAGGUCCUUUAUUUAUCUCGUUUACUGCGUACAUAACUGUUCUCUCCUACCUGUAAGACUGUCUCCACUUGCGCUAUCUCCAGAACAUCAGAGUAGUUACCAGCCCAUGCGAAAAUUAUCUUAUGAAAGCGCUCUUUUUUGUACAGAUUAUAUUUUUGAGAAAGAUAACCUAGUAUAGACUGCCACACGAGCACGGCAUACUCUAGAUCUUAGGGAGGUUUUAAGAGGAAACAUACUUUUAGAAUGCUUCCUGGCUCACGUAGAACACGCGGGAAUAGAGCUUUUUUUUUCACGUGUGAUUGACUAGAACUCAUUUGCGUAUGAAAUUUUACGACAUAGCUUUUUGGUGAGUAUUUCUCAGUGUGUAUAAUAAAGGUAAAAUCUAACUGGUAAACCCUAAAAGUGUCCGCGGCCGGUCGCCUACGGGAAUUGUCUGCUUACGGGAAUGCACGUAGCUUAAUUAAGAACCUGGAAAACUCAUGGGUGACGUAGAAUAAAACCAAGUACAAGAUAAAGAGGUUCCACUGUAGAGGUAGCCUGCGAAAACAGCCGUUCCUCACCGCUCCCCGCCGCUGGGGACAUUUCGCGAAGAGGAACGUCUGCGACUCUGAUGACGUAAAAUCUGUCCGGAAUCCGGUCAGAACCGCUGAUUGGAUGACGGAGUAGUCACAUGGUUUUAAAACGGAAUCCACCAGGACAUUGAUUAAUUUUGAUUUUCAGCGGACAAAAAUCUUGUACCAGAAUAAUUUAAGGCAUAUUGCAUUCUUUCUUACAUUUUUCAAGCGCUAAAGAUGUAAUAAAUCAUCUGUAGUAACACCAAAAAAAUUUCUUAUGGGAGCCCUAGAAAAUGAAAGUCAAAUAGGACAAAAUUACAUCUUACACAUUAAAUUUUUUGAAUUUUACCUGUAUAAUCACAAUUCUUGUGAAAUUUGACAUUUAUUUUCUCCGACAAAAGGCCAAAAAGGUCUAAUUCAAACGCGAUGAAUCCAUAGCAAAACAAUCAAUAAUAUAUUCGUGGAAUAUUUUAUUACAUUCUUCUCUAGAAGAUGCAUUUGAGAUUUGCUGAAGUUCGUUCGCAGAUGAACACAAUGCAAGACUACCAAAAUCGACGGGGAGAAACUUAAAAUUGAACAAAUUUGCAUUUGGAACCCCAUGACUACCGGAUUUAUUAUGUAAACAUUGAUUUACGUCAUCAGUAUUUACGUCGGUUCUACCAAGCUUUUCAAAAUUUUUAGAGAGAAUCAUCUAUAAUCGCUUGUAUGAUUAUUUAACUAAUUUACAUAUUCUCUGUGAUAACCAGUUCGGCUUCAGGAAAAAACCACUCUACGACGCUUGCCUUGAUUGAUUUGCAUGAAAAAAUUUCAUCUGCUAUUGAUCGUGGUGAAUUAGCGGUUGGAGUUUUUCUAGAUCUCUCGAAAGCUUUCGAUACAGUCAAUCAUUCCAUCUUAUUUGAUAAACUUGAACACUAUGGUAUACGUGGCUUGGCUCUGAAAUGGAUUAAGAGCUGUUUUUCCAACAGACUUCAGUUUGUAGAAUACAAUGGUUAUGUUUUAUCUCGUGCUAAUAUCAUGUGUGGCGUUCCCCAGGUUCAAUACUAGGGCCUUUGUUUUUUCUGCUCUACAUCAACGAUAUAAUCAACACGUCAACAAUAUUACAACUGAUAUUAUUUGCCGAUGAUACAAACGUUUUUGUGUCUCACAAGGAUAAAGACUGCCUUACUAAUAUACUGAACGCUGAGCUAAAUAAGUUGUCAUUAUGGUUUAGAGCUAACAGGCUUUCAUUAAACCCAAAUUCAUUGUAUUUAAGGUGGCUCGACUGGAUUUUUUGGGGUUGAUACCUCCCAAGUUUGAGCAUUAACUACGUCGGCAUGAGUAAAGAUAUCGAAAAAAGGUUACCACAACUGUAUUACAUAAAGAUGAAAAUUUCUUAUGAUCUGGGUUUUAUUGCAAUCGGAGUCGCCAUGGCAACGUUAUGCUAAUUACCGGGUAAAGAGGUUAGUGAUACAUUAUAACAUCAGAGCAACUCUUUGUGAGAGUUUCUGUGAUGUUAUAACCCGAGUAAGAUAAUUAAGUAUUGCCUCCUACACGAUGAGCCGAGACGUUCACCGUUUCGGCUCUCACUGCCAUCUGUGACGACAAGCCAAUUAUUAGCAUAUACCGGAUAUUUCUUCGGAAAGUAAUCGAGAGUUCUUUUUGAUGCAAAUGUAUAUUUUUUGCUAGUUGUGCACGUGCAUAUGAAACUUGAAAACAAUGCCAGUGAAUAAUGAAGACGCUCACUUGUAAACACAAAAUCUGGGGGGAAAAUUGGUUAUGUUUGAGUCCCUAUUUAAAAGCGUUCCCUGUUUUCAAUGUUCUUGAAACUUGCAGGGAAUAUUUCUUGACGAUUGAUCUCGGAAUUGUCGAAUUUAUAAAAAAAUUUAUCGCGCGGUUUUUGGAAAAAUGCGAAAUUCUUAGGCAUGGACCAAAUUACCUCCAAAAACUGUAUCAAAAGCAGCUGAAUGCAAGUUAAUAAAAUUCUUCUUACUAGCGAUCGCCCAGAGCAAUUCCCCUCUUUUUUUGUAUGCAGUUUUCAAUGGAAUCAAUCCACCCUGAGAUGAAGCCGCGUUCCCAAAGCUGAUCAUUUUCUUUAAAUAUUAGCGAAUUGAGCGGCUAGCAUGCUAUUUCACUGUUUUUAUGAUUCUUAAAACUGCAUUUCAAAAUAUUUCGAAAACGCUCUCAUAGAAUUUCUUUAAACUUUGCCAUACUGGAGGCAAUUAUGGCAGGUACAUACUCCCUUAAGCGAUUUCUUCAAAAAACUCCUGGUACAGAGAAACACAAGGAUAAAUGAAAAACGUAAUGGCGUCAUUACGUUGCCAUGGCGACUCCGAUUGCAAUAAAACCCAGAUCAUAAGAAAUUUUCAUCUUUAUGUAAUACAGUUGUGGUAACCUUUUUUCGAUAUCUUUACUCAUGCCGACGUAGUUAAGGCUCAAACUUGGGAGGUUACGCCCUAAAAAAAUCCAGUCGAGCUACCUUAAACCAUGCCAAAAGCGUACAAAUCAAACUAUUCAACUUUUAAUUAACAGCCAAAAAAUUGAUCAAGUAAAAGAAACAGUUUUCUUGGGAGUAAUCAUGGACGAACAUUUAAAUUGGAAAUCUGAAAUCUCACAUGUCGCCAAUAAAGUUUCUAAAUGUACAGGAAUUAUUUGUAAAUCAAGUUUCUAUUUAUCUACGAAAACCUUACAAACACUAUAUUUUUCCCUAGUCUAUCCAUACUUUUUUUACUGCAACUUAGUUUGGGCCUCCACUUACAGAACUAACCUUAUUCGUCUUGAGAUUUUACAGAAACAGGUGAUCAGAACUAUAGCUAAAACCACUUUCGAUGCACAUACUGAUCCAAUCUUUCAAAAUCUUGGUGUCUUAAAAUUUCAUGAUAUAUACUUAAUACAACUAGGUUUCAUAGGUUUAUUCAUGUACUCCUAUCAAAAACAUACUCUACCUUUAAAAUUUCAUUGUAAAUUUACUUUAUAAAGUCAAAUUCAUUCGUAUAAUACAAGAAAGUCGUGUAAAUUUCGUCUGCCUUUCUGUCGUACUCGAACCAAACAAUUUUCCGUUUUUUAUCAAGGACCUAAAUUUUACAACACCUUAAACACCAACAUCAUCAUCGCUUCCUCACCUUUUUCCUUUAAAAGAGCACUUAAGGCAUUUAUUUCUAAUAAUUAUUAGUAUACUCCAACAGAAAUCUUGCGAAAAAGCCUUUUAAUAUUCAACAUUAUUUGUAAACUUCCGUAAUAUUGAUUAGUUUAAUUUUCCACCUGAUAUUAUUUUGUAUCCGUCGCCGUAAUUUUUAUGCCAUCUUCGAAAAAUUGUAAUUGAGGAGGCCUAAUUAACAUAAGCUCCAUAGUUUCCUUUAGGCCUUCUCGCCAUUUCUUCCUACAUUUUUUUACCAUUUCUUUGUAAUUAUUGUAAUCGUGUAGCAAAUAAAUAAAUACAAAUACAGUAUGGAAUUUUUGGUUGUUUACCAUUUACCACAAAUUCCUGGAAAUUCCUGUUGGGAUGUAAAUGGUAGACUUUUUUGGUUCGUCUCUCUGGAAAAUUCCCGGGACAAACGGAAACUCUGAAAAGGUAGUCCCGUUUUCCCGGUUGGGACUUUCCGAAUGGAAAACGUUUACCAUUUACAAGUUUCUUGAGUUUCGUACUACAGUGAAACCUUUAUUAAGCGGACACCUUCGGGACCUUCCCAAGUGUCCGCUCAGCUUAAUAGAGGUUGUAAAAAUCGCGCAAUUAAUGUUUGUUAACGAUCAACUUUCAACGGUUACUCUGUACUGUGAUAAAGUUGCAUGUUGUUAAAGAAGCUAUCCAGAGUUGAAGUUCAUUACUUUUCAUUACCAACUUUAAUUUGUUUGUUAAUGGAAAAACAUUAACUGACUUCAAUACGUAUUCCGAGGACGCAAUCCAAUACUGCUAUUGUCAAUUCAGUCCGCGUCCGCUUAAUAGAGGUGUCCGCUGAAUAGGGGUUCGUUACAAAGGGAAAUAUAGGACGUUAAUUUCGGGACCCGGCUUAGUGUCCACUUAAUAGAGGGUGCCGCUUAAUUGGCGGUCCGCUUUAUAGAGGUUUCACUAUAGUGUCAGGUCUCUUGGCUAUUGGCCGAGCGCAAUCGCUUCAACACUAUGACUGACAACAACAAACAUGGCGGGCUCACAGCAAAUGGGGGAUUGUGCCAAUGUUCAUGCUGCUGUCAUUCCUCUCCAACUCUGGAAAUAUUCCUAACACAUAGCUGUUCCUUGUAUUUAAAUGGGGAGAAGACAUAAAAAUUGCUAAUUUGUGUCCAAAAUCGAAUUGCUGACAAGCUUUAUAAUAUUUUUUAUUCUGUCCAGAAAUCUUAGGCAAAUGGUAAACGACCCGUACCGUUUUUACCGAACGAAAACUCCUAACCAAAAUUUCUGGAAUGUUUUUUUAAAUUGGAAAGCGAGAAGACCCUGGGGACGAGGUUGAUAAUAGGUUGACAUAGCCCCUUUAACAGUCCAGAAUAUCCCUAAAUUUUAGGACAGGGCCAACUGGUCAUGCGACACUUUUCAACCAAUGAGAAGGCGCGCUUGUGUUUAUCAACAAACAGAUCAAAACAUCGCCCCAGUGAUCAAAAAUUUUCAAAACAACGGACGGAGUCAAAAAUUCAUCGGAGGCUCUCAGGCAUUUUUUAAGACUUUUCAUGAGGCAUAAUUUUUUAAGUGGACGCGUAUCGGAAGGCAUAUUGGAAGUGUCCGUGAAAUAUUCAGGCUUAUUUCUUCUUUUAAACAACCCUAUGUAUGGGCGAGAUUUUGGUCGGUUUUCAAGGUAGGUGAACAAGUAUCUAUUAUUUUUUCGAUUCACAGAUUUUUUUUUUACGAAGUUCUAGAUAUUUGUCCUUGAUUGUCAUAUCGAUUAACUUUUAUCAUGUUGAAUGUGGGGAUGGUAGACAACCUAGAAAGACCAGUUUUGAAUUCCGAGGUCCAAAUCACGUACGUUUUCCAUUCCCGGGUUUCUCACAGAGCCGUGUUAUUACUUUUUUUCGCAUUAGUACGAGCCUUUGCCUUUUUUCUUUUCAGGGCCAAAACAACUUUAUUAGUCUUAUGGAUAUUCACGUCCAACAUCUCGCCUCACUUUGCCGAAAUUGAAGAUCAUAAGCGCAAGGUAGAUACUAACGGCUUUGUUUCUGAAAUUCACCAAAUCUGGAAAGAUUUAAUGUUGCUGGAUUCUCCAAAUGUUCAUCCACCGUUAAAAAACAGUCAAAGAAAGAAGGCAAAUUUCAAGUGUAAAUGAUGUAUUUCGCUAGUCAUUGAACAUGCACUGAAUCUGGGAUCAAAUUAAAACAUUGCAGGUACUACAGCAAGCAAGGAAAGCACCAGAUGCUUGAAGUCAACACGAAACAACACCAAAAAACAAACAAGAAAUAUUAAUAAAUUUGAACUACUUUUUACUCUUGUUAUGACGACUGGUUCUUUGAUUCUUGUCCUGUAGAAGCUAAUAGGUAGUACCGAUCCUGUUUUGUAUGAUCUCAACAAAUUUUCACACUCUCUAUAAGGCUAUUUUUACACGGGACCAUUUUGUUUCUAUCAAAAAUCUUGCAAGCCAUGCCAGUGAAGCCACGACCACUGCGAUCGGUCCGGAAACAGUUCGAACACCCCAAUGAUUCCUUGCAAUGAAUAAUGCUCUGAUUCUCUUACAUGAAAUGUUUUCUUUGAAAUAUUAAAUGUGAAACCUAGACGAGUACGGUAAGGUACGGUACGGUACGGUAAUUCUGUCCGUCGACUCCGUCCGUUGUUUUGAAACGUUUUGAGCACUGGGGCGAUGUUUUGAUUUGUUUGUUGAUAAACACAAGCGCGCCUUCUCAUUGGUUGAAAAGUGUCGCGUGACCAGCUGGCCCUGUCCUUAAAUUUAGGGAUAUUCCGGACUGUUUAAAACAACCUUUGUCGCUGAGUCGCAGACGUUCCUCCUAGCGAAACGUCCCCAGCGGCGAGGACUAAGAGAGAGAACCCUGGGAACGAGGUUGGAAAAGCAUCAUGGGCUUCAUCCACUCCUCGUCGCCAUUUUGGUUGUGAGUCGGAUAGGUUGCCUAUCCUGACUGUUUUGGAUAAAGUUCCCGGUUGUUAAAUCGACUCCAUUGAAAGAAAAAGAUGCCUUUGAAAGUAAACCCAGCAAUUAAGGUACGUAGAGAGAUGGAAAAUUAUGAGAUCAGACGUUUUAGUUACAGGGAAUCUUGAGGCCGCAGCACUUAUGCUUGUUAAAAUUUAGCUGCCAAGGGCUUUUCCGUGAGAAUCAUGUUUUUGCUUAAAACAAUUAUUUAAGCUUACAUUGAAUGCAUUUUAUGGGCUGUAUAUUUGAUUGUUAUCUUCCUAUUUUCUUGUUUUUUGAGUACAUAAUUAGAUUCGUUCAAUUUCUAAGCUGAUUUUAGUUAAUCUUAGAUAUUGAACCACAGUCGAAACUACCGAGUGGGAUUUUCUCCAGGGCAGACCAUUCAACCCUAAACUGUACAAAUCUGGCGUCUUUGAAAAAAGGCUUCCAAAACCCCGGAGAUUUGGACCUCAAACGUGGAGAUUUCCAAAAUAUGCUUCAUAUAAGGAAGUGUGUAGGUACCCGGCAAUAUUUUGAAAACCGUACCCGUGAGUCAAGAUUCUAAAGAAUAUGCUUAAUGCAACCUCGGACAUUUUGUCCACAAUGAGACGAAACCUCUAUUUAGAAUCUCUUGGCAGUUCUGAACAAACACUAAUAUUCUGGUGAGGUUUCAUUGAUAAUUUCUGUGGAUAUUCAUCAGGAGUUGACUCAGUGUGUCAUAACUUCAAAGUUUUCUAAGUGUCGAAAACAUCGACAUUUCACCAUAUGCCCAAGCUCGACAGUCACUUCUACUUUUAACCUAAAGCAAUAUAUACAAUUGCUUGAGAUCGCUAGACAAAUAUCUUGUGUUCUUAGAGGAAUUGAACAAGCUAUUUCAUGAAAAUUGGUCAAAAUUUCUGACUGCCGGGUAUCUAGUUUUUUGAAAACAUUUCCCGCCUGCCAGGUAUUUAGACACGGCGAACCAAAAAGGCAGAAUAUUUUGGUCAUGAUGAUGAUGAUGAUGAACUUUAUUUAAGUGUCUGGUCUUCCAGCUGGCCUACUAAUACCACUAAACUAACUAUGUAAUAUAAGAAGAAUAUUUACAAAGAAUAAAAUUCAAAAUACUACCAACCUAACCACUUAAUGUAAGAAGAAUGUUUGCGGAUAAUAAAAUUUACAAAAAUACAUGCUUCCUAAAAAUAUUAAAAAAUUAAAUUUUUUUACAAAUUUCAUAUUAAAUAAUACCAAGUAAUCAUGAAGUUUAUAAAAAGUAUUCACCAUGAGAUUUGGAAGCUAAAUCGUGAGACCAUGAGUUGACUUCCCAAACUGUGAGUCGGGCGAUUCCGAACCAUGAGAGUUGGAAAGUGUGCCAGGGAGAUAAUAACUAUAACGUGUUCAUGACAGCAAGGUGUCUGAAUUAACAAAGGGAGUGUUUUAAAAUAAUGUCGGAAUAUGCAUCCUACAUUGAAUCAACAUUGAACUCUGUGCUGGUAUCAGUUGAUUUCAAUUUUAUUUCAGUAUUAUGUAUGACAGACUAGUGAACUGAAUGUAACAGUUUUUUUCGUUUUACAGUUUUCAAGGUAUGCUGCUUUACUGCUUGGCCUGGCCUAUGGAUAUAAGAGAAAUGGUAAAUUUCUGUUUUAUUGGUUAGCUAUUACAGAGUAGUUAACCUCUGCAAACACUGGGAGGAGGUUGGGUACCUGAGUAUUUUUGUUUUGGGAAGUUGGCAAAACUUAAUAGUGAAACAGAGAAAAUAAGGUGAUCUUCUAAAGGAGCCACUAGUACUCAUUAUACCAUUUGCUGUGCUAUUAUGAGAAAUUCAAAGUCAAAUUUUACCUGACAUAAAAAACUACAGCCAAAACCAAGACAUACAUGUAACUUUGUCAGCCUGGUCCUUGGGAUGUGUAAAAAUAAAGCGUUUGAAGUUAAAGGUCCUUAUGUUAAAUCAGUAACUCAUAACAGUACACAUUAGACUGACGGACCUGAGGCCAACAACAGCAGUGUGCUCAUUUUACCCCCUCUCUCUAAGGCCACACCUGGGAAAGGAACUAACAAACCUCCUGCACAGAAAGCCUCACAGUAAUGUUACUGACUGUGCUAAUCCUUGCUCCAAAACAGCUCUUACGUUAUGUACCAGUUAUUGCUGAGCAGUACCUGGUCUUAUGAAGUAAUUUUUCUACUUUUGUAGAAUAUCUAAAACCCAUAGCAGCUCAAGAGAGGGAGGUUGAGGCUGCGAGAGCCAAAGAACGAGCAGAGUUAGAGGCCAUCAGAAAAGCUGAGGCUGCAAAAGGU